AUGGCCGCCCACACCUACGAAGCGAGUUAUGAGUUUAACUUCGCAGCCACCAACAUAAUCAUCCACGCCGGAACCAAAGCAGGCCGAGAAUUGAUUGAAGACUGGGUCUCGGAUGCGAACUUAGUCGAGCAACCUACCGAUCUGGCGCCGGCGUACGGAGCCACUACCCUUCUCCGUGACCGUCUUUGUUGGUAGGUUUUAGUGAGAAUCCGAUAGGUCAGACCAGCAAACUUCUCGCAAUGAUCGCAUUUUCUUCUUCGUUUUCUUCUCCUUCUUCGACUUUUUGCUGGUUGUGCACUAUUAAGGCCUGUCGAAUAGUUCGGAAUGGGAAGUGGACUGAAGUGGUGUGAAGAAGAGAUUCUUAUAAUCAGCCUAUUUUUCUCUUUUCUCAGCCUUGCGUCAGUGACUUUUCCGAGCCUGCUGGCUGACCAGUGCUGAGAUUAGGCGCGGUAACUAAGCUGGGGUGAGGGUUUGGUUAAUUCCCGACCCAACUCCGAACCUGAGUCAUCAUGACCGCAUUAUCGGCCCCCGUUAUUUUGGCUAAACUGGGAAAUAUUCAGCCAAUUGUGAACAGCUUGGACCGAUCGGCCCUCAUCGCAGAAUGGAAUGCGGAUGACUUAUUGUUAGUCGCGGACCGACCUUGGUCGCACGGCGAUUAUCAAGCCAUAAUUAUAGUCCUGCUGACAAGGGUCAAGAACACUGAAAUAGCCACUUCCGGCCUAUCGGUUGAAACCUAGCUCAAAUCGCUGACGCACGCUAGAUUCAAAUUCGGGUCUAGCGGGGCCUGAAAAGGAUAUCCAAUAGGUCCAUAUGAAUAUGGAAAUCAACAAGCAGAAAUUGGGCAGAGAUUAGUGUAUUUAGUGUUACAGGAUACCAUAGUGGUAGCACAGGUAAUAGCUAAAAACACAAACAGAAUGCUUCGCCCAUAUUCUGCCGCCGCAUGCUCCAGCUGCGACGGGUUCGCUUCCCCAGUACCCUGUAGAACUAGUUCAUGCCAUUAGCUGCCUGUCGGCAGUUAAUGAAUAUUAUACGAUUAUCCGGCUGUGGUUGAUGGACUUCGGCCAGAAUAUUCAUGCAUCGGAUUGCGGUCUGUGCAGAUAGAUCCUAAUCUGAAACUGAUCUACCCCACGUUAGCGGUUAACUCCCAGAAAAAUUGGAAAGUGACGAAUUCCAAGACUAGAAUAUCUACCGGAAAGCACACGAAGUAUGCUGAGGACCCACUGAUUAGCCGAACCCCUCGCAGGCGUGUUAUGCAGUGGAAGAGUAUCGGCGAAACACGCAUGUCUGGGCUUAUAGCUAACACCUGUACUGUCAAUAAGGUAUCCUGUAACCCCAAAUAAUCUGGUAAGUUCUGAAGAAUUUAAGAAGCAAGAUAUGUACGAUCACUUAAAAACACAGGUUGUCUUUCAAGAUACACAGUCAAGAUAGCCUCCUAUAAAGAGACAACGGUGGCACUUUUCAAACAAAAAAUUCAAAAAGCACAUAAUUUCCCAUAAAGCCUGGAUAGUAAAAUAGUGUUAUGUAUUAUUUUUGCGGCGUAUGAUUAAAGUUGCAGUCAUUGAAGGAUCGUUCACUGACUAGUAAGCCGAAAAGCCACCACAUUCGUCCUUGCCUUGGUCGACAUUCCUGCUUGCGUCAGCCCAACCCACAUAGUCAGAGGAACUCGCUGAUUAAAAUGCGCACUUCUGUUACAUGUGCAUUCUUUCGAAUGUCAUCUGCGUGGAUGGAUGGGAAAGUACUCAAGCAUAAUUCAGACGCGGGCGAUAGUGCGAGGGAUUGGCAACCUCACCGAAAUAAUCUUUUCUGCAUAGAGUGCAUCGAAAGAAAUUGGAGUGCGAUAGGUCAGCUGUCUGAAUCGCAAGACAUAUUUGGAAGCACAUUUAUCCCCAUGCCAAGUAUUUAUCAUAACUUCAGCAACCCGCCCCACAAUCUGCGGUCUUGAUUAACUGACUAACGUGCAUCUACACUGUUCCCUGCGCAUUACGAUUUUCGGCAGCAGACUUGGCAUGUGUCUUAGGCGUUGGACGGCAGCCAUGCAGCAUGAAGCGCACAGCGGUGUGACCCGGUUGCAUAGCAGGGUAAACUAUCACCGCCGCCCUGUAUGACUGUGGUGCAGAAAAUGCCAAUGUCCUCUACAGUAACUGGCUUAGCUCAUGAAGUAUUAACGAAAUUCUAAAUUUUGUUAGCUAUUACAAAGGCUUACUUAGGCGGGUUUGCAAUAUUGAUGACAUAGUAGCAUAUUCCGAGGAUAUUUCAGUCAUGGAAGGAUAUGGAAUGCACGUAUUUCUGUGUAUGCGGUGGAACACCUGCUUAUAGCAAACCCCUAGGAGCGAGAAAACAAACACAGCCAGAGGAAUUCCGCUAUCAAAUCUGAUCUAAUCUCCGCGAUAUAUUUAGUGCUGAUUGCUCCCUGUCAUCAGGCCUGCCAGUUAGGCGAACAAUCAAUAUUUCCUAAUUUUUGACACACGGGGCGAGUCUACUAUUCUGUGCUUGCCAGGCUCAGACUCGUUUACCCAUGGUAUUCCUACAGUCAUGCAAAACUGUAUGAUUCCUUUGGACGCUGCAGGUCACUCUAAAUUCUUACAGAUUACUGGAUAGUUUGGUCAUGCCAAUAUGCCUGCUUUUGGAUUAGUUGUUUUUGGCACACUCGCAAAAUCUGUAAUCGUUUAAGAAAAAAAUGACUUCUUAAAUAACUUGCACUUUCCCAACUGAUUUUCGAAGCGCAAACAAAAUAAACUAUAUUUUGUUGGAAUAUAUGCACGCUUUCUUGUGCUCAUCGUUUAGCAACUCGCGUCUAGUGUAAUUGUUUAUCGUACUAGCAAAUCCGAUAUUAGCUAAAAAGCCAGACACCCGUGUUUCGCAGGUCUCUUUCCGCUGCCUGACGUAGCUCAUCACGGGUUUCCCCAGCUGCGUUGUUGUGAGUCAUUACACAGCUCUUUACUAGAGGCUGCAUCUUGGCGAUUUGUGAAUAUUACGUGGUUAUUCUGCAGUAGCUGAUGGAUUUCAGCCUCAAUAUACACUUUGACUUUCAGACCGUGCCUGACAAGUGUUCUUUCCAAAAGAUAUAUUCCAAGUUCAAGCACUAACUUCCUCGGUAAUUAAAUAAAGCAAAUUACGUCUUCUUCAACUUCCAUGCUUGAAAAAAGGGUGUCUCCAGGUUGCGGUAGACACUUAAAUUUCUUAACAAUUUUAAACAAAAUCAGCAGUUCCACUUUUGUAUAGGGAUUUCUGCGUACCCUGCGUGCAGGGAAACUCAUGCAUUAUAUUACAUUUUUGAGGAGAUGACGCUGGCGGUUGCAGGGCAGUAGUGAAUAGCUGAGACCGUGAAUAUAAAAGGACUAGGUUUGACUACUUUACGACCCAAAAACCCAGCGCGUUGCCUGCUAGGUUAACUGGGCCGGAGCAGAGGGCAUGAAGGAUUUGUAAACGCAGUCGCUCCUCCGCCUCGUCCCGCCUCCCCCCCCCUCCCGGACUGCAGGGGCGAAUGGCGUGUGGCUUGCGUGCAUAGUGAUUUCAACCUUCCGAAACGCAGUUCGGCGUCGGUCACAAACUUCUGGCAGGCCAUUUUUUCUGGCUACUGCUCAGAAAUCCGAUUGAAAGGCAUCUUACGCGCUCCAGCACGCACACUUUGCGACAGCUAUUUGGCCACCAAACUGCGUUUUUUUUUCAAGUAAAAUCUGCGAAUUUUUAUGCAGACACAAAUUGCACACGUAUACAGUUUAUUUUCUACUGAAAAGUAAUUACCGUUUCGGGCGUGCCAGCGUUUCUGAGGCACUGGUGAGAGAGCAGGCGUUCUCACCCAAUCCCAUCUGACGGCGAGAUGGAGCGGAAGAGGAACUUAAACGGAUGGUUAUUCUUCUUCGAAGUCACUUUUACAUUCAGAAGACUAGUUGGCGUGUAUACGUUUGUUUUCGAUAAAUUCUCGUCAGACCAUUGCAGUUGUAUGGAAUGGGGUACAAGGCAAACAUGCCAGUGUUUAGAGAAACCGAUUAAAGUUAGUUUUAAAACACAGCCGAGGUGGAAGCGGAAGGUAGCAGAGAGUUGCUCGUAUUAAGUUGGUGAGUGCGGAGUCCGAAUGAGGUUCUACUGCGCGCACAAAGCCGGCUUUUGCAACCCGAUUACGGCCGAUUCUGGGAAUGCUAAUGCGUCUUCGCGUAGUAGCUUAGAUUAACUCGAGGGGACCCUAUAAAUUACACUGAAAGAUUUCUUGGUGUCAACAUGAUAUCCAGAAUCAACAUAUAUGUGCGAGAAUGACGCUGUUUCGCCUUUUUCCAGCCUCGUGGGGGUGGACGCGCUCAACCACCAAAGGAGCUUUAUGAGGUUCUGGCAGAUGUUAUCGGAAUGGCACACCGUAACAGUUGUCAACAUUUCGGGGUGCGGUGGCAGACCCGGCUGCCGGCAGCCGUAGAGCACACUGCCGCCUCCCAGGAAGUGUGGAGAGGAGCGCCAAGGUGCGGGCUCGACCGUGUGCCAUCCACCCAGGCCCUCGCCCGCAUCUGGUCUUCUUGACUCUGUCUUUACACCGGGUCCAGUUGGGGGAGGAGUGAGUGCGGUAGAUGCUGUGCAAGUCUACUACCAGUUUAAGCUAAAUCCUGCGUAUAUCACCAUUCCUGCCAUCACUUUGAUUUUGAACAAAGACUGUCGGGCUAUUCGGGAUAUAUGCCGACUCUUGCGACCAAUAUAACCUGCUCCCCAGGAACAAAUGAUGGAGUAACUGCACAUUGAGGUGAUCCGAGGUGGCAGCCCAUCCUUACUUUUUCCGACUAAAAUGGGGUCAGUUUAGAAUAAUAUUCUAACUCUUGCUGUUGGGAAGCUUCGACUGAUCAGGAGGUCUUCGAGGGUGGUCACUCCCAGCGUCCCAUUUAAAUGGAACUUUAAGGAACAGCGUUUUCUUUUCGGCAGUGCAAAUAGUGACUUAACUCAUGAAAUGUGCCGAAAUUCACGAAUGAUUGCCAAUCACUCGCAAUCCGACACCAUUUCAUGAGUUCGAUUUCUAAUUUAAUGAAGUACAAGUUCUAGAAGAGUUAAAAACAUAUAAUAAAGGUUAAAGUCAGUGUUGCGUUGUUUUGAAAUGCCGAUUUAUUUUGAAAAGCGCAACAUCCCGAAAACGUCAGAAAGGUCUCUUAUUAAGGAAAGUUCGUUUUUGGAUGUAUAGAAGGUAUUCUCACACCCAAAACUUAGUAUAUAUGAACUUAGGCAUAAAAUAGCGUCCAGUAACGGUGUUUUAGUAAAGUUUACAUUUAAAUAUAGUUUAAUAAAUAAUGUGAUUUUUUAUAUGACGAUUUGUCAACUGCCUACAUUCCGAGUGUAGAAUCCAAAACAGUUUUCCAGCGUUCCAUUUUUAAUUUGAUUUCUUUGAUGUAAAUAAGACGGCGUUUAACAAAAGAAGUUGGAUUUUGCUUGAUUUCACUGAUAGGGACGUCGUAGGAACAAAAGUUUUCAUAUGGUGACAUGCCAUGAGGCCGGUCGGUGCCUGAUAAAUUUAAAUAGAACUGACAGGCGUGAUCGUAAACAUACCACUUUGUAUUUAUAGAGAGAACUUUUCUUCCGUUAAAUUAAAUAAGAUUAUUCUUGAAGGCAUUUACCGAAUUAAUGAGUGUUCGGGCGCUCCUGUUCACGAAGAUGGUCGUUUGGGUCACAUGUGAAGACUCAUUCAAGCAUCAAACUUCAUUUUCGAGAAAAACGUCUGUUAACAACGAAAGUCAGCAACGAAUAUGUCUUCGAUAAAUAAGAAAACUUUCAUAAAUAAGUUAGCACUUUAAGAAGUGCUUUAUUACUGCACGCCGUUGACAGAUCUCUGUGUACUUUGCAUUUUCACACGGCGAGGCCAAGUAAAAAUUUGACACUUUUGGUCGUUUCUUUCACGUUCCUUAGAUAUACUAAUAUUUUUCCACCGUGAACGUAAGAACACGCCUUUUGCUAUAUAGUUUGGCCAUUUCCGCUGUUUUUGCUCGCUUUUGGACUCCGUUCUUUGAUUAUGAAUACACGGCAGAGUGCCCAUAUAAAGAUUGAUAGUUUAUUGAAAUUGUAAAUAUUUUGCUCGUCGUAUUUCUUAAUACGUUAUGCACAGAAGCUUAACUACACGAAAAAUAGUGUGUCAUAUGUUUAAAGCUGGAAAUAACCAUUCCGUGGUGGUCAUCUGCGUGACACCAGGAAGAAUUUUCCAAAAGACAAAACACUUUCAGUCCACUUAAACGAAGGAAUCCCUUUCUGCACAUUUGAGCACCAAAUCCCUCAGAUCUGCUAAUUUAACAUGGGGAAAAUGAUAAAAACUAUAGUUUACUUAAAAUAACCUUUAUCUUACCGGAUUGCUCAACAUGGUUAACAUCGGACAUAAAAUAAAUUUUCAAGUUUGGCUAAGUUCGUUUAUUAAAACUGUCGAGGGUAACUUAUUAUCUUCCCAAUGAAAAAGUCGCUCAGAUGCGUAACCGGAGUCUAGGACGUGUAUUAUAAUAGGAAAUUGCACGAACAUAAUACAACGUCCAUUUUCGUCAAAAUUUAUCGACAUUUGACUUGAUAUAAUUACGUAAACAUAAUUUCUGCAUAAGAAAAGGACAUUUUAUUGAAGAAAGUGGUUGAUCGAACAAAAUGCUAUACAAUAAAAGCGUCCAGAAAUUCUCUGAUCAGUUUACGAUAUCAGAUUUUAUGAGAUAGGUCACCCACUGUAGGUAUGGUGGGUUUUUCUUUUGCUCGGCAAUGUUCUUCGCAAUAUUCGUUUUCGCAAAGAAAGUCUUGGAUCAUUCAAAGCUCCACUCCGAUGCUGUCUAUCGUACAAAUCUUUCUAGCUCAUUACACCAAACACCGGAGUAUAUUUCGUCUUUAUAGGAGGAAAAAGAAACUGCUGGAGUUCGUCUGUCGUCCAGACCAAGUUUUCUUCCGAUGGACACGCCUUUGGACGCUACCGUCGGGCCUCCUCUUCAACGUGAACUUUAACCAACCUAACUUUAGCGUCCCCCUACCAUUGUAUAUACCCGAUGGCAACCGACAGGACAACAAGUCCAUGGCUCAGUGGCUAAGGGCGUUGGACUCCUAACUAACAGGUCGCGAGUUCGAGCCCCGAGUGAUCCACACUUCGGGGUUGAGUAUGGCUUGCUGAGGAUGGCUGCCAAGCCCAAAACGGUCAUUCCGGCCUCCUUCGCUUUUGCCAGGAAUGCGAUUCUGCUCAUUUUUGUGGAACUAUCCAAGACCCAUUGAUCAUCCCUAAGUACUCCAGUCGCCGGUUGUGGCUUAGGGAGAUACAUCCACGGAUUUGACUGUUGCCAGGCGAGUUAGUCAAGGGUGACGGCACAGUCGGAUCAUGGGAGCUGAAAAGUGGUGAAGAAAUCCUCGAGAGAGUGCGCGGCUUUUCAUUUACGGUCUGGCUAGGCUGGCACACGUUGCAGUAGACUUCCGUAAGAGACACUCAUUCUUUGAGUCCAGAAGGUAAAGGUGAAAACGAAAUAUUUCUGGAGGACAGUAUUGGGAACUUGACGUGCAGACUACCUUCUCGUUAGUUCGCCAGCAGUUUGAAUGCAUUGAAACGUCAGCCCCAUCAGUUUUGCAAGGGAUCCGAUAGCAGGUUGCACGCUCGCAUAAGGAUGUGGUCAGGAGUCAGGGAGAGGAAGCUUUCGUCGACUGCUACCAAACGCAGUAGGGGACUCCUAUAGCGGAGUUGCCUAAGCCGCCUUUACGGGAGGGGGAUUUACAAUUGGCUGAGAGCUAGCGCUACACCGGCUUGUAUGAAAGGCGCACCCAGCUCUACCUAUUAAUGACCGGACGGCCUUGCGUGUACGAACGUCGAAACUAUCGGUGGGUGUUCAUUGGCCUGCGCCCUCUUCCGCCACUAGUCUUCUUAAAUAUGUCUUGGCACCGGGUUUAGGUGGGAGGGGGAGGAGUGAGUGAUGUGGAUACAGUGCAAGUCCACUAUCAUUAUAAACUAAUUCACGCACAAUUCACUGUCCCUGCUUCACCCUGUAGAGCACAUGAUGGACGUCGUCAGGGUUUUCGUUGCGGCGGCCUCGUGAUUCUUUGACUGCCCCAAAUCUUUCAUCAGGGGCAUCUUAGAGUGAGCAUAAAUCAAGGCUGCCUGGGGUCACUUAUAAACAUAUCUCUGUAGUCUGCCUUACAGUUAAGUUGAGAGGUUUAUCUGAAGAAAAAGAUCGAUUCACCAGAACGGGUCCAAUUAGUUGCCUACGUUUCGGAGAGCUUGGUCGGCUCCUCCUUGUCAAAGUGUAAAAUUCACUUAAUCGAUCAGAACUUCCAAGUGGCAUGUCGCCGCAUGCUGAUCGAUUUUCCUCUUCACUCUCGGCCUCGGCCUCUCGAGGGAUGGUUGGCGCGCGUUUUAUCUGCGUGCUUUGUGGGUCACCACUCCGUCGGGCGGAGUUGAUUGGAGCUUUUUCAGGUGGUCGGUCUGGCAGUUCUUGUUCUUCCUCGCCGAGUGAACUCGUCAUAGGACUGUCUCUGUAUGGACUUCUUAAGUCCAGUGUGAUAACUUGGUUCUGAUCUCUACAGAUGUGAUGACGUAGGACUUUGUAGGCUGCAGGAAGGUCCAGGUGCCUGCCGAUGGAGUUAGCAUCUGAGCACCACGGCUUGAAUGUUAGCUGCUCAGUUUUUUGUUGCCCCGGCCUAAGAUGAUCGUUCUUUGGAGAUCGAAAGUAUGCUCAGUUUCUCUAACGUGCAUUGUUAGCUGAGAGUCUGGAUCUAGUUUCCGAGUUGUCGAUUUGUACUCUUAUCGGCGGGUUUGCAAUUUCCGCGCGGUUUCCCCCACAUAGUUGCAGUCGCCCUAAUUGCAGCAUAUUCUGGUUUCAGAUGGUGGCACUGACUUUAGGUUGCAUUAAACGGCACUGAAUUUUCAAAGUACGGACCUCCGGCUCUAUUAAUGCUUUCUGUUACGUCUUUAUAAAUCUGACAGUCUCAUAGCUUAGGCAUAGCAACAGCGCAAUUCGAUGUCGAGAGAAACCAUGUAACUUCAAAUGUCUUUCGGCACAGCGCAGCAGAGCUUGAUGAAUUGACACAAUUACAGUUAAGUUGAAUCCAGGCUGAACCUCUAAAAGUCCCUUCGAUAAAAGAUUGAAAAUCCGAGUUUAUUUAGGUUCGUGCAUUGAGUACAGUUCACCGUUAAAUCUUUCAACUAUUCUCCUACAAAACAAAGCAGGACUGUUUCUCAUCUGGCGCCAGCCAGACGGUCAGAUUAAGAAAACGACAGUCAGAAAAGGCACGGGCAAACGCCAUACUUCUUGUUUUGAUUGCACUUGUCUGUCGCGGAACAAACGGAGUUGUGAUUGCCCUAGCUGUUGGAAACACACUGCAGCGCAUCAAAUUCCAGAAUGGCCACAUCGACAGAUCCUUGCUAGCUCUUCAAAGCUAACAGAUUAUAAUGAUGAUACCGAGAGGAAAUCAGCCACUGCCAAUAGGCAUAAAGAAUUCUAAACCGGCGAUCGGGUGGGACUGUAUAAAAUGCAUUUGCUUUGGACGCUCUACGGGCAUGUUGGUACGCAUGAAAGGGAAAGUUUCCGCGUCGCCAUGGCUUUGGCCAGCGCCUUGAGCAAAUGUCCGCCCAGGCAACUUUCUUAAAAUGUGACAACAAACAGCACCGGCCCAAAAUUUAAGUCUGCACUUUCGUACGUCAAGACGGUUUCGAAAGCCGUCAGCCUGCCCCCUACGCCACUCAGAUUUGAAACUGCACACAGAAAGGAAGCGGCAGCUGGAUUCUAGGUCAUGGGACUGGAUAACCGGCUACGAUAGGUUGAGGACCCACAACUAACUCGGGCUGGCCUGUGGACCGUGUCAUACGUUGAAUAGUGGUAAAGGGGGUUUUGGGGUUAGGGGGCAACACACAGAACAGAGAACAAGAAGACACAGAAAAUAGAGAAAUUUGAGCCGAAGGUCUUAUCGUAGGCUGUCAUCUGGCAAUGAAAUUAAGCGCGAUAAUAAAAAAAUAAACAAAAUGCGAUCUUCAAAGAAAUACGGGCAAGAUGUGGUUUUGUGGCCCCACCUGAUGGACACAAUACUGUUGGGGUCGGAGUUAAGGGUUAGCGUUAGAGGUUUAGGUCAGGCGUUAGGGUUAGAGCUGGGGUUUAGGAUUAGAGGUUAUAGUUAGGGGUUAGCGCAAACAUUUAUCAACUCUUCAAUGUACAAUCGCGCAUUCCCAAUAACUUUUCUUUUGCAUACAAAUACUUGACCUCAUCGCCUGUGCGUUCCCCGGCCCUACCUGCAAAAACGCCUAUUACCGCCGGUCCCGUAUUAGAGGUAAUUGGGGUUUGUUUGCCGCAGGUGAGGCUAAAUAACCACAUCCGACUAAUAAAGUGCCGCUGGCAAGUUUGCAUUUAGUCAGGAAGGGAAAGCAAUUCCGAACGAUGGAAACGGUGGAUAAUAGGUAGUAUUUACAGUCUCCCUGAAUUUAAGGGGUUUAUUUAUAUAAUUGUCAUCUGUUUGUGAGUCCUACACCCUGCCGUUACCGCAUGACCAUUUGGCACGGCAGAAAACAUCCGGCGUUCUCUUGACGGAUUUAAUGAAGUCUCGGGCAAAUUAACGGCGGAGAAGAAACCAGGAAGAUCGUUCAGGACACCGAGAAUCGGGCGCACAUCAACAGUUAAGAGGCAUGACGCCAGGUCUCAUGUUGCCGUUCACUCGACGAAAACAGGCCACACAAGGAGUGGAAAUAGCGUGAAUUACUAGCUGUUUUAGCCACAGUCAGUAAACAAAUUCUACCAUAGUGACUAUCAGAAUAGCAGAGCCCAGACGCAGCAAUUAAUCACGCGGGAGGGCGCGUGCCAAGACUGCUUCCGGCAACAACACUGGUAAGCCCGAUUGCAAAGUAAUUACUGCGCCAGUCACUAGCACCGGUUAUGGAGUCUCCGCUAGUAAAUACUCAGAUACCGGUGACAAAAUGUUGUGGCGGCAAGUACGAAUAUCAAUAAUGAAUGAAGAAGCAACUUCUUAGAGGGGGUGAGCUCAUAAAUUCUGCAGACCACAUGCGUCCGUCGUCUUAGUUCUCUGACGGACGGUUUGGGCUUUAAUCUGAACAAUCAAACAAUCCGCGUUUUUGAUUUAACGAAAUCGACUAUUUCACGUCAUGACGAAGAAUGCCAAAUGAUGCAGUCACAUCCGUAAAUGAAGGCCUGUGUGGGCAGUAUGUUAUUACCGAUAAAGACAAGUGAGACUGGAAUGGCUAUUUCUGGCUUAUUAGCCGUCGUCAGCCAGUCACAUCCAAGACCGGAAUUCACAGUCGUAAAGGAAGAUUGACCGAUUGCGUGCAGACCCUCGUGGCGAUGGAGAUAUCGCGUUGGGAUCAUAGAAACUUUCUGCAGAUUUCAAAAACCCUGCGAGCAACAUCGAUUCGGGAGACGAUAUCAUCCCAACUCUGUCCAUUGGGCAAUCUGAACCUGUCUACAGCCGCUAAUUCCGAGGAGUGACUACUUCUGGCCAGCGCUGCAUCUAGAAAACAAUUUUCAAGAACCCAUCCAUGAACUGUUAGGUGGGGGACGUCGUGAAGCACAGUUAUACCAAGGUAAACGCAGAAACACACCUGAUUUAAAAUUUAUUCGGCAGCGGUAGGGUAAGGGUACAACUUAGCUGUCGAUAGACUGUGGAUCAUGUGAUAAUGCACGAACUUGAGAAAUCUAGUUAAGUAAUGGCGACUGACAGUUUUACUCAAGAGCGGAGAUAAAUUGGACAUGAAUGGUGGGAUAACAGAAAUAUCUGUGAGGGGAUAGGUUCAGUUGCCCGAUGGUCAGGGACUCUUUCAAUAUUUAACGUCGUGGAAUAUCCAGUUGCAUAUCAUGCAAGCAUACAUUCAUCAAUUUACUAAAAGGUAUCGUUUUUCGCCCGAGUGUCCUUUGUGUUUUCCUGCAUCCCGUAAACCCCCCCUCUCCAAUUACCACCAUCCCCGCAUGACGCAAUCCACAGUACACUGACAGGUAAUUGUGCUCCUUCAACCUAUCGUUGUCAUUUACUCGACUACGUCCUCUAGCCUGGUCUUAUGACUGACCCUUGCGUCAGAAGACAAACCCAAGCGCGGUGUUGACCAACCGUGGUAGGCCCACGCACUGAAUGCUGAAAGGGUUUGCGGUGACUCGGUCAAAAGAAGCGACCAAAAGCUGGUGAGGCAUUCUUAACCAGCUGAAAAUUUUCAUAUGAAAAAUAGGCACAUUCGACUACAGAGAGUUUGUCAGCGAGGAAUAAACACUUGAAAAGUCCACAGUUUCUCAGCGUCUUUUAGGCGCAAAUUGGAUUUCGAAAUGGACAGCGACAGACUUUAGUUUGACAGACGGAAAUUAAUAAUGAAAGUGAUGUUGACAUUGUGAGAACCUAAGUUAGGUCCAGGGUCAGCGGAAAAGCCAUUGUCAUACGGACCUGCAAAUUCGAGUUUUGUGAAAAAGAACGAAAACUAAUCAAGCAGAUAUUCGAAUAUGCAACUUCCUGAAAUGUUGAGUGAAAUUAUAGAAUGUGUUUCCAUCCGAAAAGUUUACUUAAAUAACCUUGUCACGUUAAUUAUAUUGUCGCAUAUUGCCAAAAUAUUCCAAUCAUGUCAGGAUGUCCGCAUUCAGGCGAGCUUCUUAUCAGCCUCUUGCAUAGACUAUAUUGCGUGAAAAAUGACUACUUAAUUAGCAUGACUUUUUGCCCCUUGCACUUGGAUAUCCUUAUAUAUUCAAGUGUAUUUAUAGAAAACGCGCACAAAAGUAUUUCUUCUUUCACUCAUUUAGUAGCAGAUUACGUCUUCUUCGAGGUUCCUUUCUGAAUAAAUAGCAUUUCUUGAUUUUUAAAAACUUUAUCAAGCCCUGAAUAAUUUUUAAUUUGCCCUUCCGUUAAACUUGCAUUCAGAGUUUCCAGACUUCAAGCUCUUCACCUCCCGUAUAGGAAAAAUAAUACAUUUCUAUAUGCCUUUGCGAAAAAAAUGUUCAUAAGACCUUGCAGUAGAUGUGGACUAUGCCGCCCAAUUUACAGACUCAAUUAAUAAAUACGCUGGGGCGACGCUGUAUGAUUGGACAUUCCAAGGCCUUGAAAAAAUUUCACAUGUAAAACUUUUGAAAAGAGAAAUACAGUCUUUUUCAAGUAUAGGAUAAGGAGAAGGCGUUAUUUGCCACCAAAUGAAUAAAAACAAGUAUAUGUCUAUGCCUGCUUUCUUUAAAAGAUAUUACAGUUUAUUGGGGCAUCAAAAAUCAACAAAAAAAGCCGUGCUACUUAAGUAGUCAUUUUGAUGAAAUUUAGUUAAGUAGUCAUUAGGGAGCGCGCUUGACAGCCGGCAUUUUGAUAUGACUGAAAUAUGCUGACAGGAUAAUUAAGAUGACAACAAUGUUUAAGUUAUCAUUUUAAAUCGAAUUAACACUUUGGAAUUCCCGUCAACAUAUAAUGAGGUAGCAUAUUCACUUAACGUCGGAGACAGUCGUCGCAUGCUGUCAAUCAAAAUGCCAAUUAGUAUUUAUGGAUGUCGUUUCCAGCAAUGUCAGCAGUGUGCUGAAGCGUAUGAUUGGCCCUUUAGCCCUUUACAGGUAAAUAAUUUAACUGCAUUUGCUAGAAACUGUACGAGGCUGAUAUAAACAGUCAAGAUAGAUAUUUCCGUUGUUCUAACAUGAGUCUGCCUUUGUCCGCUUCAAAUAUCACAUUUCAACUGACAGGGUAAUAAAUUAAAUUCAAGUGCCUUGUCUUCCUGUUUACCGCAGCGCUCCGGUUUGAUGUCCUUACGCAACCGCGUUUGUGGUUGAUUGGUUUGUUGGUGUUGUGGCGCAGUAUUUGUGGCGUAUUGUUGGCUUUCCUGGAUAGUUUGUUUUUUAGACCACCCACACUGACUGCGGUAGACGCGGACGUCAAAAAAGGCCAGCCGGUUGUUGUUCUCCUCGGUCGUCCUACAUACAUCCGGUCAGACAGCCUUGAGAGGCUCUUUGAAAGUCAGCGCCGGAUUCUGUUUGAUGAGGAGAAGGACAUCUGGCUGCUACCAGUGCCACACUGCCAGUGCGUAAUUUAGAGUGCCUUUGGGCGAUUUUACGGUGGGCCAGAGAGGAUCUCCAUUUUGCGAAUUUCGUUAUGCGUCGGUCAACCGGCGAUAUUGCGUCUGAUUUCUCCACUGCCUACAACGCGCAUUGAUUUCGCGUGACAGCGGCUUUGCGGGGUUGGGUCAGAUCUUAUUUCGUAGCCGUACCUGCAGAAGGCAACCCGAUAAGAUCGCAGCUGGUAGCCAGACAGUAAACGGUGAUACUGUGGACGUACGUACUUGUUAUCCGCAGGUGUGCUUACCUUGUCUAGGGACCAUGUUAUCAGUAGGUGUGCUCUUACUGAGUUAGGCUGGUCGCCCAUUUCGUUUAGUCUGUUGGGCUUGGUGAAGGUUAGGGUAAGGCGUAAGUUAAGUUUUAGGAUUAGAGUUUACGUUUUAGGGUCAGGUUUCAGUGUUAGAAUUAGGGUUUAGGUUUCCGUUAGGGUCAGGGUAAAGGUUGGGUUUAAGAUGAAGAUGAGGGCUAGGGUCAUGGCUAGGUUUUCGGUUAGCGUUGGGUUGUGGAAUUUUGGUUACCUUUCGGUUUUGAGGCUUAGGGCUAGACUUUGCGAUUGUGAUCAGGUUGGAUUUUAGAGUUGAGCGUAAUGUUUAAAUUUCUGUCAUUUUUCCAUCUAAUUAAAACUUCCCAGCACUUUCCCUGGCAACGUCACUUUUGCCCAGGAACUCCAGCAUUUCUCUACCAGUCCUUCCAUAUACCCCACCCAUAUAACUCCUUUCCCACCAUUACCGUACGACAGGGACCUGGCUGUCCUCCUCCCCAUUCCUGGCUUCCAACUGCGAUCUAACCGACAACCCCUAGCUGACUGUCAUACGGACCGGUGGUAAUAGGGGGUUUAACGUUAACCCUUAGUUCCAACCCUUAGCUCUAAUCUUAUCCACUAGCCCUUAACCCUAACCUCUGCCUCCAGCCGCAAACCCUUAACCAUGACUUCCUUAUCCUAACCCACUAACCUUAACCACUAACGCCUAACCCCAACCCCUAAAAGAUACGGCUGCGAAAUAAGAUCUUGUCCGGAGUUGUUUGCACACGUGACAUAGAACUGGCGACCAUCUAGCAAACCAUUGAUCUUUUGAAGGCUGUCUGUCUGAUACAGCCAUAACACACCUAUUACCCGCAGGCAAGAUAGCGAGGCCUCAGUCGGCCCUGAUUUCCCUCAGUGCAUCGCGCUCGACCUUGGUAAGUACGUAGCGCGACCCGUGAGCCAUGAGAGUAGACGACCUUUAGUCCCCGCCAUCUCUACCGUCUAAAUGAAGACUAAUUCCAGUGCUGCAGUCUGGCGUCGGUUGUGAUCAAUGAGGUGUUAUGCCUGCAUCAUCUUCAUUGCCAGCUUCUUUGACGACAGGUUGCACACCAGUUUGUUGUUUUCUGCGAUGGUAAACUAGGCAGCUUUCUGAAUCUGUUCUCCAGUGCUGCGUCGUGUAUCGGUCUCUGUUUAUAGACUCCUAUUUGCAGAAUCAAAUUUGUACCGUUUUCGCCUAUGACCUAACAGCAUCUGGUCUUCUUCUGAUUGAUCCUCCGACGUUACCUGCGAGGCCUUGCGUGGCAAUCUUGGAGUAACACUGGGAUCAUCGUUCUGCCAUGCUGAAACACUCUUCAUCUAGCCGACUCUGUGCUUACCCGGGGUUUGUAUGAAAGAAAUCUAGGUAACAUGCUAUUAUCGAGGCACCUCUACAGAAAUUGAAUCUGCGCAUACGUGGAGGCAUCUCCAAGGGCGACAGUUUUCCAUCGUCGGGCCGAUCGGAGCGCAUCGAGCCCAAAUACAGUGCCAAUAGCAGCGAAGUCUCAGGAAGCAGUCGCGAAGAAGGAGACACGCUCGCUGGGACAAGGAUUAUAUUGGCCUGACGUUUCGGAUUCCUGUUCGAACUCAUCUGCUAUCGAGGUACCUGUGCACUAACCGAAUCUGCCCCCACGUAGAGUUCUCUUGAAACGCAAACGUUUUCCAUCGUCGGGCCGACCGGUUCGGCCAGGUCAAGCUGAUGCCUAUCUGCCCUACUCAUGGCCAUUAAGUCUACGCCUCAGGGCGAACAGUUCGAGGGGCUUGAAAAUACCAAGGUACAGUGUGUGACCAAUCUCAUAAAAUGUUGGCCAAAAUCCUGAAAGGCGUGUCCGAUUAGGAAGAAUUACUUAAGUGGGAUUGUUAUACUGAUUAACAUGCAGCAUAACCCUACAACAUUUCGGACUUGCCAGUAUGUCGGUUUUUGAAUGCACUUCUUUUCGACCUCCCGCAGAAACCAUACUCGGUAAAAAAUGACAACUUAAUUAACAUGCAUUUUUCCUAUUGACUUUCGAUGGUCUUUUAAAUUCAAGCAUAUUUUAUACAGAACAUGCAAAAAAGUACAGUGAGUGAUCGAUCUCAUGAAAUAUUGGCUGAAGUUCUGAAAUGUGUUUUCGAUUAGGAAGAAUAACUUGGUCGCGGUUGUAGUACUGAUUAUCGUGAGGCAUGAUCCUAUAACAUUUCGGGCUCCUCCGGAUGUCGGUUCUUAAAUGCCCUUCUUUUCGGCCUGUAAAAACCGCAUUCGACAACAAAAGACUACUUAAGUGGCAUGCAUCUCUCACGUCGAUUUUCAAUGGUCUUGCAAAUUCAAAUAUAUUUUAUAGAAACCAUAAACAAAAAAUGCUUUCUUUUAAUCAAUCAAUAAAAAAUCACAUUUUCUUUAUGUUUUACACUCAAUAAAGGAGUAAAAUUACGUUUUAAAAAUGUUUUCUAAUUGCCGAAUAAUUCGGAGCCUGAUCAUUCGUUGCAUUAGCGCUUAGUGAUUUCAGUCUACAAAGUGCAUGCGCUCCGCGUAAAGAAAAUAACAUAUUUUUCUAUGUCAUUAAAGAGAUAUCAUACAGAGUCCAUAAAAUUUUGCAAUGGAUGCGGACCAUGUUGUACAUUUCAUGAGGAGCAGCGGUAAACGGCCAGGUACGAUGUGAUGCGAAUGGACAUUUCGCGGUCUUAAAAAGUCUCAUAAUUAGAAACAUUUUUAAAACCUAUUUAUACUCCUUCUUUAAGUAUAAAAUAUAAAGAAGACGGGAUUCUCCAUAUUUUUGUUUAUGGUUUCUAUAAAAUAUAUUUGAAUUUGCAAGGCCAUCGAAAAUCAAUGGGAAAAAUGCAUGCUACUUAAGUAGCCUUUUUUACCGAGCACGCUUUCUACAGGAGAUUGAAAAGAAAUGCAUUUUAAAGCCGACAUCCUGCCAAGUCUAAAAUGUUAUAAGAGUAUGCCUUAAGAUAAUCAGUAUUACAACCGCGACCAAGUAAUCCUUCCUAAUCGAAAACGCACUUCAAAAUUUCAGUCAACAUUUCAUGAGAUCGGUCACUCACUGUAUGUUAUCUUUUGCUCAUUUGGUAGGAAAUCACAUUGUCUUCAUAGUUUAUGCCCGAAGAAAGUGUAUAUUUUGGUUUCAAAAAACUUUCCCAAUUCCCGAAUAAUUUCUAGCCUGAUGUGCCACUGCAUCAGUGUUUAGCAAUUUCAGCCUACAAGAUGUAUGUUUUCCGUGUAAAGAAAAUCAUAUAUUCUUCUAUGCCAUUAAGAAUAUGACACAUCUAGUUCAUAAAAUUUUGCAAUGGAUCCGGACCGUGUUGUUCAUUUCAUGAGGAGCAUUAAUAAACGUACAUGUGCGGUCUUGCAUGCAUGGACAUCGCACGGUCUCAAAAAUCUCAUAAUUUGAAACUUUUUUGAAACCAAAAUAUACACUUUCUUCGGGCAUAAGCUAUGAAGACAAUGUGAUUUCCUACCAAAUGGGCAAAAGAUAGCAUACUUUUUUGCAUGUUCUGUAUAAAAUGUGCUUGAAUUUAAAAGACAAUCGAUAAUCAAUAGGACAAAUGCAUGCUAUUUAAGUAGACAUUUUUAACGAGUAAGGUUUCUACAGGAGGUCGAAAAGAAGUGCGUUCAAAGGCCGACGUACUAGCCAGUCCGAAAUGGUAUAGGGUUAUGCUGCAUGUUAAUCAGUACAACAACCCCACUUAAGUACUUCUGCCUAAUCAGAAACGCCUUUCAGAAUUUCGGCCAACAUUUCAUGAGGUAGAAGUGGUUCAUGAAGACAUGACCACUGCGUCAAUUCCUCUAUCUGAAAAAUGACUCAUGCGGAGUUCCGAAUCGCUGCGUGUGAAUGGCUUCGGAAAUCUGCUUCGUUUUGUAAAGCUUGAAGGCCCUCUACAAGUGUCAGUCAUCGCGCAGGCAUCAGUAAAGGCUUUGAAGGCAUUUAAGGUCUGUGACUGAGCUCAUAACUUCAUGGCCUCGCGGAUGUGUUUAUGCACACCAUAUAAGGCGGCAUCAUCCUAUCUGUUUCGCAUUGUCCUGGUGUAGAUACCCAUUAUCUUGCCUUUUGGAUUUGUUAAGAAGAAAUUGUGAUAAGCAUAAACGAGUAAUCGCCGCAUUUUUGACCAAUCAGCCACUUGCACAAAAAUGACUUGCAAAAUUUAACGAUUUGGCAACUUCUGGAACAAGAUGGCUAAUUCAAAAAUUGCAGCUGGUUCAUUCGUUUUACGACGUUUCUACGGAAUUUAAAAAUAAAAAGUCGGCAGAUCCAUAAUUGAUUAUUGGAUUUUUGUACAGACUUAAUACGUUAUUUCUGAAACGAAAUAUCUGCUUUAAAUAUGCAUAUGCUUUAUGACAGCGUUUUGCGCGACUUUCUGAGAAGGCUGACCUAUGAAAUCCCGCUUGCGGAAUGGGCAAAUUUCUGGCACAAUUUUGCCAGCCAAUCAGAAGGAUUAGAAAUGCAUGCAAGUUCAUUGGGUCGCAUUUGACAACUAUGUCUCAGGGUAAUUUUUGCUUAAUGAAGAGCGCAGCCUACCUCUUGAAGGCUUAGGUGGAUUUUAAAGCUGAUGGUAUGCCGCUUGUAAAUCAUCGUGCGUGUUUCGAUUAAAAAUUGCAUAUAAUUUUUUAACUGUUAAUUUUAUCCGAAGCGUGUGCAUAUUUCAGUUAAACAUUUGCGCAACUUUUAAAAGUGAUGGGUUAUGCAUGUCUUGAUACGAAAAAAUAAUUGUGCUCUUUUAUGGGUUUAUAGAAAUGGCUUGUGACAAAAAAAUCGCCUCCAAAAUGUGCGAGCAGGCUCUGUAUGUUAUGUCCUACCUACUGUUCGUUCUGUUUCUUCCGGUAUCAGUCUUCAUUUGUCUAAAGGUAAGCCCCGAACGAAGGCAUCUAUUCGUGAUAACCUAUUUUCUCAAAUAACGUCUCGUACAGAAUCUUGGAAUGCUUUAUUGCCUUAGCUUAUAAUAAUUAUACCGACGAGUAGCAGUCGUAGGCCGUCACAUUUUAACGAGAUAACUAGUCAUUGUGGGCUAUCAGUAAAAUGGUAAGACGUCUUCAAACAAAUGGGAUUUUGUCGAAAUGUAAGGGGCCAGACGAAAUGUUAGUCCGACUUCCGUCACAAGUUGUAACAGAUUCACGCGCUUACGAAUUCCGCAAAAAGAGGCCAACUAUCUUCCAAGAAUACUUUAGGAUUUGAAAUAGAUCACGAAGGUGCUUUUCUACAAAAUGACUUACUGAGAACAUUAGACGCUUCCGUCUGUCUAAUUUUUCUGAUGGACCGCAAAUUUUUCUAAAUCCUUUGUACUCUGUAGUUUGAAACAGGAACCAGAGAUAAAUUUAAUAGGCGUUUUGGCAGCUUUGAAUUAAUUAAAGAGACCCAGUUAUAAAUAAAGAUGGUAGUGCCAGACAAGGCCUUGUAGUCCAGGGUGCUAGGGCGUUGACUGUUUUAAGCCUCGCCUUUAGCGUCGUAAGUCUGAACACCAAGCAGUUCGCCAAGCUUUUCAAAAAUGAGCCAUUCAAAUAAAUAAACUUAAAUAAAAUUCAGUUUCUCCUAAACCGAAAGGGGAAAUACCGCAGCCAAUGCACUUUCACAUGCGGCGCUCAAGUCACAAUGGAAACUGUUUCUACAAGUUAUGUGUAAAAAGAUAGACCACGUGGUCAAUUUCAGCUCGCACUGGUAGAUCUGAGCCCAUUCGAUUUACGGAACCCCUCGGCGUGUUAACUUUUCCAUUUCUUCCUGUGUUGCGUUUUGAAGUUAUCUGUGUUAUGCAACGACAGGCUGCAGUUGAUAAGCCGUCGCGAAAUUUACUGGUUCCAAUAAAUUCUGCUUUUUAUGCCUGCAUUAAAUUCUACAAAGUAUGGCUAGUUGGGUUUUAAAUAAAGUCGUAUAACAAUUUCAUUUCAGUCCCAGGCAGUUUUUCUUUUGUUUUUGCAAAGAUAAAUUUUGAUGUGAAUAAUGUGCACUCCCAGCUUGCAAUUUCUUUGUCGGCUUCUUUUAUCUUUUGCAACAUUCAGGUAGUACAGGAGUACGAACGUGCUGUCAUUUUCAGGCUUGGUCGCGUAAUGGACGGCAGUAUGAAAGGACCAGGUAUAAAAAUCUCAUUAAAACCCCGAAUGCUCUCCUUUUGUCUGAAGACGCAAUUUUCUUACAAGAGAAUAUAAAUUACUUAUGCUAGGGACGCGUGAUAUAUAUAUGUAUAUAUUCAUUUUAUCAAACUAGGGUUGUAAAACCAUUUGGGCUAAGUUAAGCACCCAUGCCGAAAAUGCCUAACUUCAAACUUAAUUGAACUUAAAUUCUCUCGGCAGCUCCAAAAAAUUUCUUAAAAAGGUGUGCAUUAAUUCUACCUAUGCCCAUAUUAAAUCAAGUAAUUAUGAAUUUCCAAAAUUUAUGAAAACACUUCUAGUUAAAGUUAGACGACCCACUCUUUCGGUGGCAGUAAAUAAUAGUUAGCUUACAAAAUAAAUGCACUUCAUUUGCUAAAAAUUUUAAAAGUAAAAUCAGAUGCAGGAAAAUGGGAGUUUGUAUGAUCGCUGAACUAAUAUUAUUUUCGCAAAUAUUCCCAUGUUACACUUGAAAAGUCAAGUUGGCAAACACGGGUUUUCGGUAAUCCUUUGUCAGGCCAGUACAGUUACGUAAAGGAAUGAAAAUGUUCAAAUUAACAGUGCUUAUAGGUCGCUAAAGGGCUAUUAAGUCAUUAACACUCAUCUCCUCCACGCCGCCCGCAUGACGAGGUUGGCAAUGCCCAAAACCCGCCAAACUCGUCAUGCGGGCGGCGUGGGGAAGAUGAGCGUUAAUGACUUAAUAGCCCUUGAGACACCUAUAAACACUGUUAAUUUGAACAUUUUCAUUCCUUUACAUAACUGUACUGGCAUGACGAAGAAUUACCGAAAACACGUGUUUGCCAACUUGACUUUCAAUAUUAUUUCAUUGCAACCUUCUUAGGGUGAUGUCCUUCUGGGUGCCCAGAUUGCGCGAAUGUGUAGCUAAACUUCAAAAAUUGCAAGUCAAGGAUGCUUAACGCCAUCUGCGUGUUUUGGAAUAGGGAGCUGGUAAAUGAAAUUUAUCGAAACACAGACUUCUAUUACCCUCGCAUACUACAAGUCCCCUUGGACGCAUGAUCACUGCUCAUGUCAAUUUUUCGGCAGUACAUCACAGAGAUGUAGUAGAUGGAUCUCUCUUACGUUUUCGUUCCUAUUUUUCUCCUUUUCUGCCUUUUUCGUCAACUGCCUGGCAGCAUUUGGGCGCGGCCACAGAUGCUGUCGGCCCAGAACGCUGUCCGCUAAGUAUGCCAUCCAAAUCGGGUCGGUCCGUUCGGAAAACUUCUGUCACGCUCUCAGCCGGGCCAUACUGUUUCCCCUAAGUGCCAAAAUACUCUUACGCAGUCGAAGAAAUAUGGUUCUUGACUUAGUAAUCCCAAAUGUCUCUUCAUUUAUGUCGACUGUAUCGAUUUAGCAAAUUUGCGUUCGCGUUAUUGGACAUAAACUCACAAAAGGGCCGUAAAGACUGAUGGCAGCUUAAAACUGAUGCCAAAACCUUUGAUAUGCAUAAAUGUAAUAGACUGUAAACAAGGGCGCGGCUAUCGGUUUACCUCGGACGAUUUAAGGUCCCCGACUUCUUCCACAGCUGUUCUGCGUACGGUCGGUGACUUGCCUCGUAAAAAUGUUAAUAAAAACUCUGAACUACGAUUUCGAGUAAGAAAAGCUUGCCUAAAUGGAGAUGCAAUAUUGAUUACUGCGUGACAUAAUCCUGGGAUAUUUUGGACACACCAAAAUGAUGGCCUAUGAAAGCAAUUCUCCUCGACCGCCUUAAAUUCGCACUUGGUUAAAAGCGACUGAUUGAUUAGUAGGCAUUUUUGUUACUGAUUUUAGUGCGCUUGUCAACUCAAAUAUAUUUUAUGGAAACCAUGCACAAAAUAUUCAUUUAUGUACUUUUUUUGGCAGCAAAUCACAUCUUCUUCAAGUAAGAUAGUCGAAGGAAGGGAGACUUGCGGUUUUAGAGUUUUUUAGCUCCUGAAUUAUUUAAAGUUCUAACUGCUUUUGUAUCUGCGUACAGAAUUUCAGUUCACAAACCAUAUGUCUUCCGUAUGAUAAAAAUCACACAUGCUUCUAUGCAAUUAAUAUGAUAACCUUUGUAUAUUUUACAGUCAAGUUAGACUGUAACGUAUAAUUCCUAAGCGCCAUUGCUACGUUUGUAGAUACGAUAAUGUAUGAAUGGACGUUUCAUGUUUUAAAGACCUCAUAUGCAAAAAUGUCUUAAAAUUAAAAACAUCAUUCUUUCGAGCACGAAUUCAACACAGUCGUGAUUUGCUAUUGAAGAGGCAUAGAAAUGAGCGCUUUUUGCACAUUUCCUGUGAAAUGUCUCAGAAUUAAUAAGUGCGUCAAAGUCAGUAGAAAACAAAUGCAUGCUGCUCACGCAGUCCUUUUUUGCCGAGCGCAGUUGAGAGGUUCCGUUAGCAUUACCGAGUUCGGUCACUAACUGUAUACAAGGACCGAUUUUUCAAAAAUAUACUGCUGCAAACGCCUUGGCAAGCAGUUCAAUUAACUGUCUGCUUCGUUAAGAGUGCGUCCUCUGCAAAGGAAGAAGAGACAGCGUCAGUCAACCGUCAGUUUAACGUCUUCAUUCCCCCUGGGUAUAAUUCUGACCUGAGAUAGCAGACUAGCUGCCUAGCCAAGCAAAUCUGGAAUUUUCUAAUUCUUUAUUUGUGUUGAUGGGUAGUUAUGUCUCUAUAGAAACGAAACUUUUUCAGAGAGUGCGCAACACAUGAUUAGGAUAUACAGUGCGUAUUGAGAUGUUUGCGAAAAUUUUCAAAUGCGUUUUCGAUUAGGAAGGAUUACUGAGGUGGGUUGUAAGACUGGUUUUCUUGAAGCACAGACCUAUAGUAUUUCGAACUUGCCAGGAUGUCGGCGUUUGAAUGCACUUCUUUUCGACCUUCUACAAAAACCGAACUUGGUAAAAAAAGACUACUUAUUUAACAUACAUUUUUGCAUUGAGUUUCGACAGUCACAUAAAUUAAAACAUAUUUUAUAGAAAUCAUGCGCAAAAUGUGCUUUCUCUUUGUCCUUUGUUAAUGGGCAUAUUUUCUUUACAUUUGAUACCCUAAGAAAAUGUAUAUUUAGGUUUUGAAAAAGUUUUCCAAUUACCAAAUAAUUUUGAGCCAGAUCAGCAGCUGCAUUAGCGCUUGUUUAUUUCAGUCUGUAAGGUGCAUGAUUUCCGUGUACGAAAAGUCACAUGGAGUUUACAAAACUUGGCAAUGGAUGUGGACUAUGUUGUACAUCUCAUGAGGAGCAUUAAUAGGAAAUCGCGCGCUCUUAAAACUGUCAUAAUUGGAAACCGGUAACAAUCGGGAGAUGGCACCCAAAAAAUCCGCCUAACCAAAGCAGCCUGUCUUACGGGACAGGUGGUAAUAGGGGUUUUAUGGAUGGUGGCUGGUCGGGAUUUGCGAUAUUAGCCGACGGAAAGGCUUAUUUGAACAGAUGAAUGAUUGAAGGUGGCCCGCUCUCCGUUCCGUUAUUACAAAAUGGGUCGCCAAAGCAGUAUAGUGGUAACGGACGAGUGGAAGGCGUAUAAUCGUCUUCCCUCAGGAGGUUAUCUACAUUUAAAAGUGAUUUUGUUUUGUAAUAAACUGCCAUAAUGCGAAUGUAUGCCGUAUAUUCAGGUAUACAUUCGCAUUAUGGCAGUUUAUUACAAAACAAAAUCACUUUUAAAUAGGAUAAGUCUGCACAACACGGGACAGGAACAGUUCCCAGGCAUUUGUCAAGGACAUGGCAUUGAGGCCAAACCAAAGACGAUACUGUACUUCGUCUAUGUGAGCCCACACUGCUCGACCACAUACAGGGCCUCCCUCGUGGAGUUUCCUUUUCAGUCUACUCCAGUAUGCCUCAAUGACAUUGGUGUGCCGUCAGGUGGUAGGGUCCUUAAGGUUCUUUGAGUGGUUAACAGAGUAGACUGAAAAGGAAACUCCACGAGGGAGGCCCUGUAUGUGGUCGAGCAGUGUGGGCUCACAUAGACGAAGUACAGUAUCGUCUUUGGUUUGGCCUCAAUGCCAUGUCCUUGACAAAUGCCUGGGAACUGUUCCUGUCCCGUGUUGUGCAGACUUAUCCUAUUUAAAAGUGAUUUUGUUUUGUAAUAAACUGCCAUAAUGCGAAUGUAUGCCGUAUAUUCAGGUGUACGUGUGUAACGAUGGGGAAGGUUGGGUAACAGCGACCAACGUCCAUGCAACAUCCUGCGAUGUUCUUUCGGCCAGUCCAUGUUAGGCCGUCGCGGAAAGUCCAAGUAGUGCAACCGCUGAUAUAGCCUGAAGGCGUUUGUGUCUACUGUUAAAGGUAUUAUUUCUAGGUAACGGAAUUUUUGGGUGCCGUCUUCCGAUUGUUACCUGGAAACCUUUUUAAAAUUGAUUGAUAACCUUUGUCAGGGCAUAAAAUGCAUAUAAAUUUGGUGUUUUAUCAAAAGAUUAAAAGAAGGCAUAUUUUCGCGCAUGCUUUUUAUAAAAUGUGUUUGAAUUUAUAUGACCAUCGAAAACCAAUGUGAAAAAUGUAUGUCAAUUAAGUGGUCUCUUAUAACCGAGUUUGGUUUCUGCAGGAGGUCAAAACGAGGUUCAUUCAAAAGUCGACAUUCGAAAUUUUAUAGGAUUAUGCCCCGUGAUAAUCAGUACUACAAACCCACCUAGGUAAUUCUUCCUAAUUGAAAAGGCAUUUCGGAAUUUUGGCGAACAUUUUAUGAGAUCGGUUACGCACUGUAUGCAUUUUUAGUCUGUUUUGGGAUAGCAUGCUCAAUGACUUGUUCUAUUAAAAAAUCAAAAAACUCUUUAUCUGACCAAAUUAUCCUCCUAUAACGCAUGUUCUUGAAGACAACAUGAAGUUUGUCGGCCUCACACGAAUUAAUGCGAAUGGCUUCCGGUAUGCAAUUACAUUCAGCUGGUCACUGCCCGUAAAAGUGGCGGCCAAGUCUUGCCCCCAAACAGUUUUUCUUUGCGAUUAACUUAAGAUUUUCUUUUUAUUUUCUACCAUGAAGGGAUAUUUCUAUGUCUGCCCUGUGUCGAGGAGUUUUUCCUUGUGGAUCUUCGCACGAUAACGUUCGAUGUUCCUCCUCAAGAGGUAAGUUCUAAAUAAUUGACAUUUUCAUCUGAUAAGAUAUGCUUUUUUAAGUAAAACUGGGAGUUAUUGCACGAAUAAACUCCUUGCUAUCGUCUUCAAAUUACUUUGUUGUCAAGUUUUGCGGCUAGGGCUUUUAAAGCUUUCAGUGGAAUCUUGGAAUGUUGGAAGGUAAAAAUCGCGGUGACUGUCUGUUUGCAAUGAUUAGCACUUAGCAAAUUACCUCCACUCUUCUCUUAUUUGUGCAAUUCCAUUUUCGACGGUUUGAGCCCUUAGUUCGUUAACGAAUGCUCACCUAAUGGAAGCUAAUUAUAUUCACAAGAGUACCGGAGUUUAAUAAGCAAGGAUGAGACCGUUCCUACGACUGUGAAAAUUUCGAUAUAAACUGAGCACUUUGGUUGUGGGUUUCAGAAGAAUCCAUAGCUGCCGAAUGUAGGGCAUAAUAUUUCAGCUAAAACGCAUGUCCAGAAAACAGGUCUCACGUUAUCUAAACGACUCUGACCUAUGUAAACAAAAACCAGUUAAUUAACUACGGUGUUAGACUGGAAGGAGGAGAGUGCUUUGAUGAAAUGUCUUUUUUUCCAGGAUAUUCUCAGUUUAAACAAACACGGAAUUUUGUGGUCUACCAAAACUACGGUGAUGCUCAGUGAAGCAGAGUAACUUUGUUUCUAAAAGAAAGUUUUGUCGACCGACGGGCUUUUAAUUCUCCUUUUACAUCGCUGUCAUUCGGUCGCCAUAUGAUACACAUAUGAAACGGAUUGAUGUUUAGUGGACCCUGGGCUGGAGUUGUUUUAAACGAACUACAGGGAGGUCAUCGGCUGUCGACGGCAGUCCACAUGAACGAGAGCACAGUCGAAGAUGUGCUGUCAGUUUCUUUAAAAGCUCGACGUCUUCAGACAUCCACAGCUUUACCGGUGACGAAAAUGCAUCAUGGUUAUUAUGGUUAAAGCUGCCACACUAUGGGCAAAUUUCGUAGACGCGAUUGAAAAUCCAACAGUCAGGCUAUGACACUUGUAAUGAUAAUGCUGCAAUUAAUAAAAGAACUCAUCUCAUGAAACGAGAUUUAGGACAAGGCUAGUGGCUGUGAUUGCAAAUACUGUUAUCACCCGCGGUUCUGACUGGUAAUAUCUGUGACUGUGUAGCAACCAAUGAGGCGCGGUGGCAGAUUGCUGACGCGAGACUUCUCAAACAACCAUGAUAAACGGGCCAAAAUGGUCAUACUUGUUUGCCUUCAAUGGUGCUUUUGGUCCUAUUGAUCUUUGUAAUGAGCAUCAACCGGCUAUCAGAGAUUCUCUGCCAUGCGACUGGCAGUGAUAUCCUAAGGAGUUGAAAACGAACCUAGGCGGUUGUUUACGAGUUCGAAGUCGGCGGAAUCGAGUUCGGAAACUAGGAUGGACAAUGAUUAAUGUAAAUAUACAUUAAAAUAUCCACAUGAGUAAAGAUUCGAGGUCCUGAUAAAUUAUCCCGUUCAUCAUCCCCAUAAGAAGACGAAGAAUAAAAAGGGACGAUUGCAUGGACCACAGUGUAUUAGUGCUGACGUUUCGCAAACUUCCUCGUUUCCAUCAUCAGAGUGGUGGGGUGUCUGUUCCUGCUUGCUCGAAGUUGUUCUGCCUCGCCGCCUGUCUUGUGUUAUAGGCAUGCCUGACGCACGAACUCUGACCUGCCUUCUGGCUAGGGAUUGGUUUUGGUCCCUCCGCGGGCGGCCGAUGGCGCGCUCCUGUGACCUCUGUCCCCCUGAUCGGCUGUCGUAAUCGUUGCAAAUCCUGUGUGCCCAUGGGCCCUCACCUCAUAAUCGGAUGGACUGAUCAGUUGCCGUUGCAUGUGCGAAUCACGCUCGGCUGUCUGGGCGCGCCGCUGGGGCGAUGUCUCGAGUUGGUCGUGUGACCUCCGGGGAAACAUCUCUGCACAGAACUGCAUGAGCACCAGCUUGCAGUCAACUGAGAGGAUAAACUGUCACUGGUAUAUGGCCACAGGCAACAGGAGAAACAUAGUUACGCCUUUGGGGAAGCAAGCGCCCUUGGUCGAGCCCAUGACAAGAUGGCUAGGCUGGUGCUCGAAAGCUGGUCCUCAGUUGGCACAAUCAACAGGGCUAUCGAUCUUCAUCCGGCCUACCAUGCGCUGCGUACAAGACUCCAGUCAGUCCAGACGGGGCCGACAGUACUGGCGAGCGAGUCGCGGCUCCUCCAGCAGUUGUCACCUUCACAGCAGGGGGAAAAAGCCAGCCGGAGGUCACACGACGAACGCGAGACCGCCCCAGCGGCGCGCCCAGACAGCCGAGCGUGAUUCGCACAUGCAACGGCAACUGAUCAGUCCAUCCGAUUAUGAGGUGAGGGCCCAUGGGCACACAGGAAUUUGCAACGAUUACGACAGCCGAUCAGGGGGACAGAGGUCACAGGAGCGCGCCAUCGGCCGCCCGCGGAGGGACCAAAACCAAUCCCUAGCCAGAAGGCAGGUCAGAGUUCGUGCGUCAGGCAUGCCUAUAACACAAGACAGGCGGCGAGGCAGAACAACUUCGAGCAAGCAGGAACAGACACCCCACCACUCUGAUGAUGGAAACGAGGAAGUUUGCGAAACGUCAGCACUAAUACACUGUGGUCCAUGCAAUCGUCCCUUUUUAUUCUUCGUCUUCUUUUGGGGAUGGUGAACGGGAUUAAAAUAUCCGUAGACGUCAAGGCUGUAGCAGUAUCGUCGGCUUGUAAUAACACACUCACUGUAGAUGAGAUACUACUAUUCACUUCGUAUUAUAAAUAUUCUAUUUUGGAAAAGCAAUUUUGUUGCCGUAUUACUUGGAAGAUGUGCAUAAGUUGUUGCAACAAUGGGCUGAGCAACUUUUCAAGUGUCGAAAAAUAAAAGCCCUCCUUCUAAUUUUGCGUUCAUCAAGUCUUAAACCUAACGCUCGCUGUCUUUUGCAAUGUCUUUCUUGAAAAGUGUUCAGCUUCUGAUAAUCUACCUUUCCUUUAGAUACUGACAAAGGAUUCGGUCACCGUCUCGGUUGACGCUGUUAUCUAUUACAAAGUCUCGGACGCGAUGGUUUCUGUGGCAAAUGUGGAGAAUGCUCAUCAUUCGACACGCCUACUUGCUCAGACUACCCUUCGCAACGUUCUUGGCACAAAGCGGCUUUCGGAAAUACUGUCUGAAAGGGAUAUAAUAAGUGCUUCCAUGCAAGUGAGCAGCUGCGCAAUUUCUUACUUAUUCUGAUGGUGAUAUGCGAUGUUAAGCGGAAUGACUGCUUCGAAUGAGAAGGAUUAGACGGCGAUGUCACUGCGAAACCAUCUUUUUACGUUGAACGUUUUCUAGAGUUUCGAUACUGUCAGUCUCUGACCCAUCGCCGGAUUUAAGAAAUGACUUUUGAGAAGGAAUUUGGACAAUUAAACGAAUAACACAAGAAAAUGCAGUUCAGUUUCCUGUCCUGAUUGCAGUUCUAGAUCGCUAGCCGACAAGCCGGCCCAAUGGUAACCAGUGAUCAGUAAUCGCUAAAUAGUAUGUUCAGAGACUUAAAACCGAUGUUCCUUACCCUGUUCCUCUCAAUCGAUUCCCUAAUUAACCGCCUUGGAGGCAAACUAAAUCUUGAAAAUACUGUACUGGCGCCGUUACGUAGACGAAACGUUAGUCAUUGUAAAGAAGGACAUGCUGCAACAUUUCCACAGCCUGCUCAACGCAGUAUUCCCUGAUAUAAAAUUCGCGGAGGAAGAUGAACGGAAACAGCAGUUGUCCUUCCGGGAUGUGAUUGUCAGACGAAAUCUUACCGGUGAACUGGAAACGAUAGUUUAUAGAAAGGCUCACAAACGAAGCUGUGUGAAGGCACUCUUCAAACGGAUCCAAACUCAUUGCAACAAAACGGAGGAAAGAACAUGUGAGGCCCGUUAUCUCCGUGACCAGUUUGUGCAAAAUGACUACCCGAAUGCAUUCAUAAGUCGUUUUCUACGCGUUUGCCCUCCAAACGACCCAAACAUUAAUACUACCGAUGAUACGGCAUUCUCUGCCAUACAUCAAGGACGUUUCAGAAGCAAGUGGGCGCAUUGCUGCGGAGCUAGCUGUUGGAAUCGCAAACCACCCAAAGCCACCAUGCGCAGUAGGGUCAUGAUAAUUAAAGACCGGUCAAGGUCUGAGGAGCAAUCUGAAGUAGUGUAUUGCAUCCCGUGCCAAAACUGUCCCUGUAACUACGCAGGCCAAACUGGACACAUGCUCGGAUCGCGCAUACACGAACAUACGCUGGCUGUGUGACGAGGCGGCGCAUUAUUACAAGUGGCCACCCACGCAUACGAAAAACGUCAUGAGUUUGAUUUUGCAACCACGAAAAUAGGCCCCCACGCCGGAAGCAAAACUGGCCAAGAAUUGAUUGAAGCCUGGGCCUCGGAUGAGAACUCAGUCACUUGAUUUAUCGAUCUGACGCCGGCGUACAGAGCCCUGUGCAGCCACCUCUAGUCUUGAGCCGUCGGUCGAUGAUUGGCUUACACACCCCAUAACUGUCGCCUGUUCUGUUGCUAUCUCUGACGAGGGUUUCCCGCACGAACUCACAAUCUCAGGACAAUAAACAAAAAGUUCUGGUGCUCAACUGCCCUUCUUCAUUUAUACAUACACCUGGAAUUCGAACUUUCGCUUUCACUGCAAUUACUACUUAGAAUUCAGCAAUCCUCCCACUCCUCACUGUCAAAUAGCAUAUGUUGAUGGGGUGUGGUAGACUAGUAUAAAAGAUGAAAAAAACUAUUAUUCCUAGAUAACAUCCUGUUAAGUUUAAAAAGCAGUCGCGAGGUGGCCAGCAUACAAUAAGUAGUUAUGAGAUUUUGGAACACAGAAUUUUCAAAGGUUGAAAAUUUUUAUACUUCAAAAACAGUAAAUACUUUUCGCUUGACUGCCGAGUGAAAACUUGCCUUCACUAACAAACAACAAAAAGGCCUUAUGAUGCUAAUUUGAAUAAUAGGAAGUAAAGUCAUUAUCAACCGGAGUCUGUGUGGACCACUGACCAUCGGCUCCAGCGCGACACAGAGCCGAUCUUAUUCUGCAUUGCAAUCAAAAGUAAUAGGCACACGCAACCCCUAUGUGACUGAAUAUCCCCUAUCUUAGUCGACAGAAAACGGGACCGUAGCGCAUUAGAUGAACCCUGUUCAAUUGUUUGAGUAUGUUACUCGAAUCCUGCUGGUGAGGCCUAACACGUUGAAAACGCUCAACCCAAUUUUGACUACCGCCUGUAUAAAGUGUGGAAUCGGCCCAGAAGCAAUGCCUAAGCGUCCGUUUUUAAUUGGUUUUUUAUACUUUACUUCCAGGCAAGUGAGUAUUUUCCACUUGGCCGUUCUACGUCUGCUAUGCCAUGAUUCAGCAAACCAUAGAACUCGCAGCCUUAUGUGCUUCUGCAGUUCUCAGGCAGUGAAUGCAUGGCUGCCCAGUAAAGAGCACUAUCACUCUAUUUCAGACCCAUUUCUGUUGCUGGUCAAAAUCCUGGUCGAAUUGUGGUUUCUUAUGAAACAGGGGCGCGGCGGCACGCUUAGGUAUGGGUCCGGCCGCGCCAUAAACUUUCAUCCUCUCUCGCCUCCGGUCUUCUCGACUCUGUCUUGACACGGUGCCCACUGAGGAGGAGAGAGUGCGGUAGAUGCAGAGCAAGUCUAAUUUCCCGUUCCCUCUUUUGUUGUUGGUCAAAAUCCUGGGUGGGGUGGUGUGUCAACCUGCGAACUCGGCCGUCCCAUCCAUUUGCAGCCUCUUCCGCAUCCGGUCUUCCUGACUAUGUCUUGACAGUGGGUUCAGGUAGGAAGGAGAUAGUGCGUCAGAUACUGCGUAAGCCCAUUCCCACAGUAAACGAAUUAACGCACAGGUCGCCAUGCGACAACUUGUUGUGGAGCACCCGGUGGAUAUCGUCGGCUACGAUGACCGAACUGUUCGCAAUCAAACUUCGGAUGCUCCGUGCACUGGUGCUAGCUAGUCACGAGUUAAUGAUCACAAAAUUGCCGGAAAUGCCAGCCCCAUCCAUAACUGCCGAUUACCGAGUUAACGUUUUCGAUCCAACAUGGGGGAAAUUUCUUAGGUAAUUUUGCAGUACUGAUCGUCAAGGAACAGCAUCGUAGACCAAUUGCUACGCAGUAGCAUGCAGUCUUUUGAAUAGGCACACUGUCGCGUGCUCGAAUAAAGUAAAUUUUAACCGAAAGCACUUAUGAUCCGCGGGGAUUUUUGACAGGUUUUCAUUUUGCAGGCGUCAAUUCAAUUGCAGGUUUUAGAACUACCGUUUUUUAAAAGAAACAUGCAUUUUUACCCAUUUUAGAAGUUGAAAAUUAAAAAUAUAAAAAGCCCGCUUUUGGUAAAUUAAUAUCGUAAUAUAUAUGGGUGAGUUGGUAUGCCCUUUGAGAAACUCUAGACGAUGACGCAGGCCUUAAGAAUUCUCAGAGUUACACUUUCUUGUUACAAAUCGAGAUGCCUCCCUCUUUCAGGUACAAACUACCUAGGAAUUAAAGUCCCCAUAAAGUUAGCAGGUAAAGUAGAAAUUCGUGUAAAACAAAAUUAAAAACCGAAACAAUCAGGGAAAGAGACAAAAUGGAUAAAUAUUUAAUUGGUAGCAAACCUCAUUCUUGUGCCAUUUGGGCAGAUAUCUGGUAACUUGGUUAGUCAGAAUGCAGUUAGCAAUUUAUUUGUAUGGUCCCCGUUAUUACAUUCGUCAUCCCCAAUAAGUCACUCAUAUCAAAUUGAAAGGGCAUUUAAAAGUCUCAAUAUGUGGUUGUGAUGUUGGAAAUCCUGCUGCUAUAACUUAUUCCCUUACGGAAGUAAACAGCGAAUACAGACAAGAACGUGGAGUAGUUUUCUGAGGUUUCUUAGUACAUACGCGAAAACGGAUUUUUUAAACAAUUUAUACAUUCUGCGUUUGGAAUGUAGAAUACGCUUAAGGAGUUCUUUUUUCGAUUAAAAACAGAGACUUCGUGGUAGUCAGUUCUAACUAAGUUUUCGACCUCAAUUUCGGACACCAAAGCAAAGGCUUGAAGCGCGAGGCAGUUGGUCAUUCAGCAGUGGGCUCGCAUCAUGUCGGCCGACAAAAUAAACCUGCUGGAGACUUUGGUUUUUUUUAUUUAACCAGGCAUUUACUUUAAAAGCAAGAAGCCGACUGGGAACUGAAUAGUUCUUGCGGGCAAGACACGCGUGCCCAACUCAUCGAAAAAUGUGGUUUAACUCACUCUAAGAUUAACGACAAUAAACGUAAGCACGACGUUUCUGCCUUUGCCAAAAAACCUUUAUGUAAGCUUCCUCAGUAGCCUUGCAUAAUUUGUCCAUAUCGCGUUAUUUGACAUGGUCAUAAAUUUCAGUCUGAGACGAGGAGUCCUGUGAUAGAAGAUGAAGAUGCGAUCACUGGGACAAGAAGUUUAUUUGCCUGACGUUUCGGAUUCUCACUCGAACCCAUCAUCAGAGACAUUCGCAGAUAGAGGUGAAGGUGGCACCAGGAGUGCAGUAUUUAUAGCACGUGGCUGCGUGGGACCGUAUGCGCACUGCAAUUAACAGUUCUCACAAUCGCGGCUGGGGUCGUAAUUGAUGCGGCGGUGGCUUGGCGGUCCGAGUCCGAGUUGUUAAUCGCCGCGAUUUCGUCAUCCGUGCUCGAUGCUGGUGUGACGAUUGCUCGGAAAACUGGCUCACUGUCACCGUGAUAAUUGCUCACCCGCGCCCUCCCCACGUGACUGAUUCUCCUGCCCAGGGAAAAUCGCAAUACGGAAUAGGGGUGACAGGGGUGACAACCGCGUGAGCCGCGAGCUGCUCGAGUCAUGGUUCUCAGGCCCGCAAUCCAUCAACAAACACAAUGACCUCCCGGUGACCUAUUCCGUAUUGCGAUUUUCCCUGGGCAGGAGAAUCAGUCACGUGGGGAGGGCGCGGGUGAGCAAUUAUCACGGUGACAGUGAGCCAGUUUUCCGAGCAAUCGUCACACCAGCAUCGAGCACGGAUGACGAAAUCGCGGCGAUUAACAACUCGGACUCGGACCGCCAAGCCACCGCCGCAUCAAUUACGACCCCAGCCGCGAUUGUGAGAACUGUUAAUUGCAGUGCGCAUACGGUCCCACGCAGCCACGUGCUAUAAAUACUGCACUCCUGGUGCCACCUUCACCUCUAUCUGCGAAUGUCUCUGAUGAUGGGUUCGAGUGAGAAUCCGAAACGUCAGGCAAAUAAACUUCUUGUCCCAGUGAUCGCAUCUUCAUCUUCUGAACUGCUACCUGGAACUCGCCUGUUCGCUUCUAUCAGCAGCCCUCUGAUAAGCAAAAAAUUUAAACGGCCUAAGAAAUGUUUGAACAUUUUCCUUUAAGAACCCCCAACCCAAACAAACAAAGGGUUCGUUGUACGCGUGUUGGCGGUGACUUCAGAGACAGGAGGUUUUACACAACAUAUACCCAUAAAUUAUGCCUUCUCCGGAGAAGCUGUGGGCGCCGUUCUUCUGUCCGGGUUUGAUUAAAUUGUGCUUUUUGUGUGAGAUUUUUUGUCAACAAAGAAAGGGACUCUCAGGCUAUGUUUUUGUCCCUUCUGGUCAAUGAUAAUCUUGGGGAAUUUAAUAAGUAUUUUUGCCAAUGCACUGGCAACCUGCAUCAUGUCGAAAACCUUAAGGCGCCUCAUACGCCAUUAUUCAGCGACCCGUGGUUCUCGCAGUCUGGUCUCCGCUGGUAGUUCUUUGACAUCUGGUUCUCUACCGGUAGACGCUCUUGCGUUCCCGCUGUGUGCACAAGUGGUGGUCACGGCUGCCCAGACACAAUCCUCGUCCUCCUAACCCCUGCUUGAGUGUUGUUGUUGCUGCUGGUGAAAAAUGCUGGCCAAGUGUACGUUUUGGGCCAGGUAGUGUGGAGUGGAACGCCCAGGUGCGGAUCCGGUCGCGUCAGCCACCUGUGUCCUCCCUCGUCUCCGGUCUUCUUGGCUCUGUCUUGACACAGGGUUCCGGUGAGGAGGAGAGGGUGCAGUAGAUGCUUCGCAAGUCUACUAUCACUAUGAACUAAUUCACGCGCAAAUCAUCGUGCCUGCUGCACCUACGUGUUGAGCACACGGUGGACAUCGUCGGCCACGAUGGUUGAAUUGUCAUUUAAUGCAGUUGUCGGCGGAGUCACUUUUGACUGUUUGUGUGCUGUGACGGUUUACUGACAACUGGAGGUUUUAAAAUCACCAUAAGACUCCUAAAAUCCUCUUCUUCACGCUUUGCUCUUACAAAGGAAGUGUGAUCGCGCUGACAUAAAGUCUUUAUGCAUGAGGAACGACCUCAAAAAUAAGACCCCAACUUCUGGCACUACCUAGAGUUCUGAGUUUUUGUUGUGGUCUCGGAGUCACUUUCGACAGCUACUUGCAUGGCAAAGCGUAAAACCAAUGAAGUCUUGGCUCAAUUCAUUGGCACUAAACACAGGAUUAUGUCGCAGACACAAAAAGAUGGCUUACUUCGUGCUCAUUAUAAAAUCCCAGAAGAAAACCCUUAAAUUUACCGCUGGAGAUAUACACUGCAAUUUGCCUAUAGAGCGAAAAGACGAGUCCCAGGAAGCAGUCUUGAAUAAGGAGUCACGAUCGCUGAGACAAGAGCUUUAUUAGUUUAGUGUUUCGGAUUUCUGCUUGAACCCAUCGUCAGAGGCAAAAGCAGAUACGGGUGGUUUAUGCACAAGGGCUGCAGUAUUUAUAGUAUGCAGUCGCCAUGCUACCGCAUACCUAUGAAUGUUCACAGCUCCCACUUCAUCAGGGAUCGUUGUUGCGAUGUGAUGACUGUUUGUUGACCGAUAUUGGCGCCUUUAAUUUCUGCAAUUUUAUCACGUGUGUUGGAGUUUGUUGUGAUGAUUGCUCAACCACUUGACCCACCGACCCUGGUGUUGGGAAAAACGCCCACCUGUGCGCUCCUCGUGUGGCCAUUUACUCCACCUAGGCAAAGUCUUAGCACCGAGUAGGAAAUGGGAAGAUCAUUGCACUGGUUUCUGGACUUGGGGCCAUAAGCGUUUUCGGCCAUUCUCGUUCGGAGCUGUCUUCCGGUUUCUCCGACGUAGUUGCCUUGUCCGUAACUGCACCAGAUCCGUUAAAAGACUCCAGACGUUUCUCGCCGUGACGGCGGGUCUUUCGGGUUCAUUACCUGACACCUGAUGGUUGCCUCUGGUCUAUGUGCAACUCCAACCCCAAGUGGUGCGAGAAGGCGGCCAACAGCUUUCGAUAGUGUGGCGCUCACAGACCAGGUUGCGGAACUCGCUCUUUCCCCUCUAGUUUCUGGAACCUGUCUGAUGACGGCCAAUAAGCCAGAAGUUGCCUUUGCGUUCUUAGCAUCCCAGAGUGAAACCUUGAGUCACAUAAAAUAGCUCUGGUGGUGUACCAUUUCCAAUUCACAGUACAUUUUUAGCACCCGGAUUAUAUUCCUUAACUAAUUUUCCAUCGAAGUUCCAAAAAAACACUCUAUCAUCAUGUGUCUUUAGUCCUGCAUUUGUGAUUGUGGUUGAAAAAUAUCCCGUAAAGGUCCGUGGUUCAACAUUUGCCGGAUGGGAUGUUGUUUCACCAUUUACCCUGAUGUCCUGUUCAACUCACACGGUACCCAUUUUCCCUUGUCUUAUAAAACAAUCUUUCGUGAAAACGCAGAUGCCUCGCGUUUGGCAAGCUGUCAGCAAGAUUUACGUUUCUAAAACAUUUUAAUUUGUCCCAUUUUGCUGACUAAUUAUUCAUGCUGUUAAGUUUUUUCAUGUCGAAAUAUGCCUCAAUAAAAUUCCUAAACGCCUUUGUUACGAUCGCCAUCUACGCUCUUGCCCUUUUCACCAGCCCUUAAUCUACUGAUUUAAAGGUGCCUGAAUUAUUCUUCUUAUUUUUCACUCUGCUCCUGCUCCUGCCUAUUUCAAGACGUGUCAUUCCUAUGCCCUAUACUGCUGUCCAUAUUUCUUGUGUCUCCCCAAUCGAUAUCACAGUACGACAGUCAGAUAGUUUUGCUGUUCACCAUCAGCAUUCAAAACUGGUUGCUCUGAUGUCUGUCUGCCUCACACGGCGUAGCUGCCGGCGGAUUCAUAAUAUCAUUUUCAUUACAAAAAAUGACAGGUAGAAAAACAGAAAUCUAAAAACUGAGAUUCCAGUUGUCUCCGAACAGUUUUUUUGUAAACAAAUUUAUUCUCUUUUUACUAGAAUUUAACCCUCAUGUUUUUUUGAAAAAACACGACGUUGUCCCCGAAAUAAUGCCUGAAGACGUAAUCCCGUUUCAUAUUUACUGAAGUUCUGAUAAGAUGAAACGUUUCAAGUCCUGAAGAACACUUAUUGUGCAGGGAUGAUGCUUCUGGGUAAAGCUGGAAAUUUAAAUAUCCAAAAAUUUUGCAUCCAAUAGAUGCUCCAACUGCUGAAUUGUUGGCCAAAAUACUAAAAUGCGUUUUGGACUCGAAAAUAUCAGUUUAGUAGAGUUAUGAUCUUAAGCAUAAUGCAGCGUAAUUCCAUGAUGCUCCAGUUUCUUCAAUAUGCCGGCGUUUGGACGAACGUCUAUUUGGUCGCUUGCAAAAACAGCGCUCUGCAUAAAUGACCAUUUAAUUAAUAUGCAUUUUUAAAAUUAAUUGUUAAUGCCCUUAUGAAUUCAAAAAUGUGCCAUAGAAUACAUGCGCCAAAACAUUAAUUCCCUUACUAAUUUGGUAGUAAUUAAAGUAACGACUUCAAAUUUUUUACUUAAGGCAAAGGUAUAGUUCUACUUAAAAGAAUUUUCAAAUUAUGGGAUUUUUAAGACAAUGGAAUUCCUGCUCAUAAAACCUCAUGUUGCUGCAUUUACUGAUGCUGUUUGUAAAUGUUACGAUAUACUUAAAUCUGCUGCUACCUUUGAUGAACCCCUUACGGUCUCUUCUUUAUACUGUAAAGAAAUUUGCGUCCUUAGUUCACAAAAAGUAAAAAACUUGUAGUUUGUUAACCCUGUAUGCAAGUGGUAGUUCAGUAAAAAAUGAAUAUUUUAAUAUGUGUGUUCCAUGGAAAAUAUUGAAAUGUAUAAGUAAACUGAAAAUCAACAAAAACUCCUGCUGCUUAAGUGGUCAUUUUUAAAUGUGUGCUUUUUGCAGGCAGCCAAAAAGACAUUCGUUCAAAAGCCGACAUCCUAAAAAAGCUAAAAUUGUUUUAAAAUUAUGCUUCAUGAUGUUACAAUACUUCUUAAGUAAUCUUUUCGAAUCAAAAACGCAUUUCAAGAUGUCGGUUAGCAUUUUGUAAGUUAGCACAUCUUAUGUAUGUUCAAGUGCAAAUUCUGUUAACUCUCACUUAAAAUUAGUCAUUUUUCAUGCAGAUUGAAUACCCAUUUUGUGCUUUGUCCUUUUCCGUGUAGAAUGUUCUUGAUGAUGCAACGGAGGCCUGGGGAAUAAAGGUCGAGAGGGUGGAAAUGUAAGUUCCAUAUUUUAAAACUUUGAAGUUCCUGUGUGACAAAGGCAUGCUUAACCUUGCAGUAAUUUAUUUACCAAAUGCGCACAGGGAUAUAGAUGCUCGUCCGUUUUAAUUCGCGGAGCCAUUCUAUAUAUCUUCUAGUUUAUAAGGGCCACCACUUGUAGGUCCUCAAAUUGGGGAGAAUCAAAUACAUAGUCUUUCAAAAACAAUAAUCAGAUGCGCGUGGACUGUCAAAAUUGCAACGGUCUAUUAGCAUCCAAAGUGACCGACUGGCCUUCGGACAUUUUUAAAGUAUGCUCAGUAGCCGAUCUCACAACAUACUAACCGAAAUUCGGGGUUUAAAAUGCACUACGUUUCAGCCACCUACCAAACCUCACUCAAUUAAACACUUUGCAUUUUCUCAAUUGAUUCUCGAUUGGCUGCCACAAGAUACUAUUUCAUAUACUCUUCAAAUUAUGUGCUUAAAAAGGGUCAUAUUUCGGUUUUAAAAAGGAAUUUUUAGAUUCUCAAAUAAUUUUGGGAUCAAUCCGCCGUUACAUUUACUUGAAGAAUCUAGAGUUUGUAAGAUGUAUAUUUACUUUUAAAGAAAACACAUUUCUAUAUGUCAUCAAGACAAUAUCAUACGGAGCUCUCGAAAUGUAACAACGGGUGUAAAAUAUGUUGUUUAGUGAGGAACAUUAUGAAAUAGGCAGACACGAUGUUGUUCGAAUAGACACUUCAGGGUCUUCGAAAAUCACUAAAUUAAUAACUUCUUUUAAACCGAAAUAUACCGUCUCCUUGCGUAUGACAUUUGAUGAAGACGGGAUUUUUUUAUUAAAUAAGUACGAGCAACAUAUUUCUAAUCUAUAGGGGCGUCGAAAAUUGAUGGAAGAAAGGCACACUGCUUAACUAGUCGUCUUUUGCCGGAUGCGUUUGUUGCAGGUGCAUUCAAAAGCCGACAUCUUGAUGUGCUUGAAAUAUCAUGAGCUUAUGCCAUAAGAGAACCACUAUUACAACCCCACUUGAGUAAUCCUUUCUCAACAAAGACGCAUUUCAGGACUUCGGCCAACAUUUUUUGAGAUCAGUCACUCUGUGGAUAUAUGUAUAGACAUGAGAUCAGUCAUUGUGUGAUUGUAUGCGUAUACAUGACAUAGGCCUUACGACGCGGUAGGCACAGAACAGUGACUUCCGCAGCAUUUACCGCACCUCACCCCUCAUUCACGUGGGCCCACUGGCAAACCAAAAAUAGGGCAACCGAAUUGGGGCUCAUGCGAGGUGUCCGAAAACAGUUCUACACGUGCCAGACACGACCUGGUUUGAGUACGAUGCAGAAGACAUACAUAUAAACUUGGGAAGAGGCUGUCCGAGUCCUGUUUAAGUGGGAGUGCCAUAUAGGCCGCAUUAAAAUGGAGUCAUUGAGCCUGACUCCCCUUCCUGGUAUUGCCGAAUUUUGUAGACAGUCUGCAUUCGGCGAAGUAGCUAUUUGCACCGCGCCAGGUUUAGUAGAGUGAAGGGUGUGUUGGAAGUGCGGAGCGGGAGAUGGAUUCCGUAGAGUCGACCUUACUCUCCCUCUCUCUCUUUCCUCCCUCUCAUGCACCAGUCCACUGUCUGUCUCAUGAGCGCAGUGGCUGGCUCACGCGAAGCCAAUAACCCACGAGUAGCACUUGCCAUGGGAUACGUCGACUCAGCUAACCGAAGCCGUGCCCUGAUCCGGUCUCCGUCUUAGUCUAGCACUUCUACAGCACGGUACAUGGUGAGACACACGUGUAAGUACCUCCGACGUAUUGGAAAGAGUAAUUGGCGGAGUAAUUGGCCACGCGGGGAGCGCACUGUUGAACACUCGUCCCAACACCCGGGUCAACGCAUCAGAUGGUCGAGCAAUCAUCACGCCAACAUCCAACGCACGUGAUGAAAUUGCGGCAAUUAUCGACUCGAAUGUCGGCCAUCAAGCAAUGAUCACCCCAAGUGUGACAAUCCCGGAUGAAGGGGGAAACCGUGAACGUUCAUAGGCAUGCGGUAGCAUGGCUGCUGCAUCCUAUAAAUACCGCAGCCCCUUGUGCAACAACCACCCGUUUCUGCUCUUUUGUCUCUGAUGAUGGAUUCGAGUAGGAAUCCGAAACGUCAGGCUAAUAAAGCUCUUGUCCCGGCGAUCGUGUCUCCUUCCUCAGGAAAGAUUGACGUUUAUAAACAUAACAGUAUAAAUAUAUAUAAUGGUAGGGGGCGCUCACCAAACCUUCUCGCGGAACUCACUCGUCCCGUUGGGCCUUACGGGCUAACUCAAAUCCAACUAGCAACGCAUGAUAUAGGCAGAAUGACAUUACCGACUAAGACAAGGGAGACUGGAAUGGCCAUUUCUGGCUUAUUAGCCGUCGUCAGCCAGUCAUACCCAACCCCGAAGUGUGCAACAUCCGUGGUUCGAACUCGCGAUCUGUUAGUUAGAAGUCCACACCUCUAACCACUGAGCCACGAUCCCGUUGCCCUGUCGGUUUCGAUCGGGAAUAAACAUUGGUAGGGGACGCUCACCGAUCGUUCUUAUGGAAGUCAUUCGUUCCGUUGUGCCUUAUGGACUCUCUCUCGAGCACAACCAUCGGCCGCGCAGCGCCGCAUGAUAUAUAGGCAGUAUGUUAUUACCGACAAAGUGGCCCAGUGGUUAUAGGCGUGGACUUCUAACUAACAGGUCGUGAGAUCAAACCGCGAGUCUUCCACAAUUCGGAGUUGGGUAUGACUGGCUGACUACAACUUAUAAGCCAGAAUUGGCCAUUCCAGUCUCCCUUGUCUUAGUCGGUAAUAACAUACUGCCUACAUGUAUAUAUAUACAUAUUGCUAAAAGAAGCUCGCCACAGUUCAUGUGUGCAUGCGGCUGAUGACCACUAAAGCUGAUCCACCACGCCCUCAUCCGGCGAAAAGACGCUCUUGGACUCCCCCCCCGCCCCUUCUCCCUGCCGCCCUGACUUCAUAUGUAAGAAAACCCGUUUUGACAUGACUGUCAGCCACCUAUAAAUACUGUGAGGCGCGAUAUCACACCCACCUCCGACGAUGGAAGCUUGUAUGCUUUUGAAACGUCAGGACAGUAAAACUAUGGUUCCCGAGAUCGCCUUUUCUUCUCAUAUAUAUAUAUAUAUAAUGACAGAUGGGCGCUCACCGAUCAGGUUACAGAACAUGCUCCUUCUGUUGUGCCUUGGGGCUCAUACUUAAAUACUUAUAUACAUUACACAGGUUACCUGUGCUUUAGUGUUCAGCCCUUUUCGUAAUCUAUUAGAGGAAUAACUCCCUCACAAUAAUACACAGAUAUAUUAAAUGAAGGCCAUACUGCCAUUGUAGCAUCUAUGGUCCAUCAUCUCAAUCAAAAAUUAUGAUAUUAUAAAAGGAUCUCAGUAAGGGCUACAUACCAUGCUUCUACCCUGAUUUGAAUAUUUAGACAUGUUUAUACAGAUGGCUUUCACUAUUCUUGCAUUCCAUCGCGUUGUCUUGUUGGCCAAAACGUUUUACUAAUAGGUAAUAAUUCAUAAAACGCCGACAUUUUACGGGCAGUGAACCGACGCAAAAACAUUCCACCUGAACGAACCUUGAUAGAAUGAAAAUGUGGAGGGAAAAGGGAAUAUAGAAAAUGAGUAUCUAUUAGCCAGUUAAAACCCCGCGUCUCGAAAUGUGGGUGAUUGAUGAGGGCUCUGUACAUUAUCGACAAAGGUAAAAGGAUAUUUAAAUAACCAUUUUAACCUACUGAUCGUUAUCUUUGACCAGCCAUAUAUCAACCACAGACCGAUUUCCAGAGAGUUAACCGCAGUUCACUUGCUGACCAUUUUAAUUUACUUGAGAAUUUAUGUGCGAAAAUGAAGAAAAUCCUUCGAAAGAAGUCUUUUUAGGCUCGCAUUGAAGGUUGACAUGAAAAGUUGGAACAAAAAUCUGCCAAAUACCGCGAAGUGACCGCGUAGUAUUCGCAAGCUUCCAGCAGGUAUUCCAUGUUCGCUCAUAAUUGACUGAGGAUGUUUAGACGGACAGCUCUCGGGAAUUCAGCCUAGGGAUGACAUAUGACUGAUUGAAGAUAACGGUCAAUAUAUUGUCGUUUUUACUUUCCUCAGAAAUUAACUGUCAACUUGGAGGAGAUCAGUUUAUUCUAAGGCCUAUAGGCGCAGGCCGAAAUUUGAUGUAUGAAUAUGUGGGCCGAAGUCCAUCGGACAAUAAGUUGAAAAUUCUCGCUCAAAUCUUCCUAAUCUUUGUCGAAAAUGCACAGAGACUGCAAGAAACAUCCACACCGUCAAGUGCGGGGUUUUAAUUGGCCAUUAGAUACUUAUCUUUCGAAUUCUCUUCUUCCUCUUCUUUUCAUUUUCAGUCUAUCGGAGGUUUUUUAUGAUGAGUCGUUUUCUCCCCUUCCCCCCAACGGCACCGAAAUUCUUGCGUUUGCGGGUUAUAACUUAUUAGUAAAACAACGUUUUGGAUAGGAAGGCAAUACAAUACAAAUUCUGAAUGAUACAUCAUGCUGACAGCACAGCGUAGUUGAUCCGUGAGUAUAUAUAAGACAUUCCAGCUACGCGCACAUGAUCAGUUUAGUGAAAUCGGCCGAAAUUAGAGCGCUUUUCUCUGAUCUGCCGGAAAUGAGCAUUUUCGUCUACUGCUGAGCUCCUUCGUCUGCACAGCAUUGAACCCAGGUACCCGAUACGGAAACAGAUCUAAAAACAAACUGCCCAUUUUUCUGACAGUGUGCAUUUAUAAGUGAAGGCAGUAAUUAAAAGACAGUAAGCAUCAAAGAAAUCUUAAAAGAUAAGAAAAAACUAUUUGUCAAAUCAGCUAGCCUUCGUGAAAAACCAAAUCUAUUCUACCUUGCUACGGAAUGGGAAUCCACUUCAAUAUGCCCAUGAAUAACUCAGGAAGAUCCGAGGCUGAAUGCAAUCAGCAGUGAUUCGUGCCCUCCUCAUGAAAUACGCACAGAAUGAAAUCCAACGCAGCUGGUAGUGGACGACAGAACGAACAAUUUUAUGGCUGUCGGAAGACAAGUUUGUUUGAAUAUUUUAUGACUUCCCAGUGGUUCUCUAAAUGGAGUAUGUGAUGACCAUUAGGGUCAGUAGUAGUCAGUCUCGGUUUCGUCGGCCAGCUCGACAAAUAAAUAUCUUCUUACGGGAUAUACAUGGGCAGCACAAAUUUUCAUGCCAGGAUCACGAACACUGCGGUGAGCGACCAUCAGUUUAGUUAAGAAGGCACUAUGAGGACGCGUAUUCAGCAUGAAAAAAACUGCAGUCCAGCUGCUGAACGUUCGCAAAUUUUCCUAAUCAAAACGUCCAUUAGGAAUGACAAAAGGAUGGGUGGUUUAUGUUUUUCUUUUUAAUCCAUCAGCGGCCGACUUAUUACGGGUUGAUGAGCAAAAAGUAUAAACCAACACUCACCUACAGUGAGUGAUCGAUCUCAUGAAAUUUUGAACGAAAUUCAGAAAUGCGUCUUUGAUUAGGAAGAAUUACUAAAGUGCGGUUACAAUAAUGAUUAUCAUACGGUAUAAUCCUAUAAUUUUUCGGACUUGCCAGGAUGUCGGCUUUUGAAUUCAUUUCUUUCUGACCUCCGGUAGAAACCGCACUCGGUAAGAAAAGACUACUUGUGUGGCAUGCAUUCUUAACGUUGAUUUUUAGUGGUCAUAUAAGUUCAAUUAUAUUUUAUAGAAUACAUGCAUAAAAAUAUGCUUUGUACUCGAUCGAUAGAGAAGUACGUUGUCUUUUUAUUUUACACCCGAAGAAAGGGUAUAUUGAGAUUUUAAAAAGUUUCUCAAUGCUCGAAUAGUUUUUAGUUUGAUCAGCCGUUGCAAUAGCUUUUAACGAUUUCAGUCAACAAGGUGCUUUUUUUCGACGUGGUGAAAAUCAUACAUUCUUCGAUGCCUUUAAAAACAGACCACGUAUAGUUCAUAAAAUAUUGCAAAGGAUGCGGACUAUGUUCUACACCUCAUGAGAAUCAUUGGCAAACGGGCAUAUGCGAUGUUGUACGAAUGGACAAUGCACGGUCUUAAUGACCUUAUAAGUAAAAACGUUUUAAAAGACAAAUAUACCUUUCUUCGGGUGUAAAAUGAAAAGACAACGUACUUCUAUACCGAUCGAGUAAAAGUAAGCAUAUUUUUAUGCAUCUAUUCUAUAAAAUAUAGUUGAAUUUAUAUGACCAUCAGAAAUCAACGUUAAGAAUGCAUGCCACUCAGGUAGUCAUUUCUUACCGAGUGCGGUUUCUACCGGAGGUCAGAAAGCCGGGCAUUCAAAAGCCCACAUCCUGGCGAGCCGGAAACAUUAUAGGAUUAUGUCGCAUGAUAAUCAUUAUUGUAACCGCACCUAAGUAAUCCUACCUAAUCGAAAACGCAUUUCACAAUUUCUGUAAAAAUUUAAUGAGAUCGGUCUCUCACUACAGAGUCACCGGAAUUUGUCCUGCCACCGGUGGAUAUAUCACACGUCUGCUUCAUUUUAAACAAACUCGCCACUUGUAAUUGUUAAAUCCACCUGAUGGAGCUCGUCGCUUCCUAUGAUCGAAAUUUUAGUGGCAACCCUAACAAUGGCCUUGCUGUAUACGGUUUACCCUAUGUAUAUGUAUAUAUAUUUAGGGAGAUUUAAUUCUUUGGGAAACAGUAAACCGUGUUGUGUAAAUUUUCGAGACUGGUUCUCCAGCUUGUCUUCAGACAACGGGUGUGCAAAACAAUUUACUUCUAGACCGAGUCUGGCAAAGGGUCCCUUGAUUGGUUAAAGUCAUCUCGGGAUUGUCUGAGUCAGUUUCUUUCUGUUCUUAACGAUUUUGUUUGUGGCAUCGAGAUCGAUAUGCUGGUUGAUGCAUACCUCAUCUGAGUGCAUUGCCUCCAGGAAGUCUUGGCCCUUACUUACUGGGCAGGCGCCAAUGAUGCGAGUGUUCUCCCAUGCAAAUUUGUGCCCAGUGACCAGUGUGUGCAUAGCCACCUGUGAUAAAUGAUCACGUCUCUUUACCGCUAACUGAUGUUCAUUUAAACGAGCUCAGACAGAUUUUUUAGUUUGGCCACAAUAGACGGAAUCAAAACCGGAACAUGGGAUUUUGAAUACAAAACCUUUUCUUUCGAGGUAGCCAACCCUGUACUUAGGGUGCACAAGCUAUGUGCAUAAGGUAUUUGCCGGCUGGUGUGCUAAGUGUAUCAUGCAGUUCGACUAGUUUUGAUACAUCUUGCCUAUAUGGGGUAGUUCUCCAGGUUGUUGGUUUUGGUGUCCGAGCGGCCGUAGGAUUGGAACUUCCUUUUUUCUUGAAUUUAUGGUGCCUUAUACUUAGAAAUACAUCAUGCGGGUACCUAUUUUGAGAGAAUAGAUUGUAGAGGGAUUUCCUUUCUGUUCGGUAACUUGUUUCAUCAGAGCAGUAAGUUGUGGCUCGAUUUAGAAGGCUGUAGACUGUACUCCGUUUGUGAGUGACAAGGUGGUUACUCUCAAACUGCAGGAUACCCACUGCAUACACCUCUGUGAUAAACCGAUGCUUUUGCAAGCCCGUUGUCUGAAAACAAGCUGGGGAACCAGUCUCGAAAAUUUAUGCAAUAAAGUUUACUGUUUCCCAAAGAAUGUCAUCUUCCUAGUUAAAUCUCUUUGGAUGCUUGUUUUUCAAUUCAUGUAUAUAUGUAGGGGCAGAAUAACAUUACCGACAAAGAUAAGGGAGAUUGGAAUAGGCAUUUCUGACGUAUGAGCCGUCGUCAGCCAGUGAUACGCUCCCCGGCGUAUGGAACACAUGGGGCUUCAUCCCGCGACCUGUUGGUUAUAAGUCCAAAGCCUAUAACCACUGGGCCACGGGCUCGUUGCACUGUCAGAUGCGCCCUUCUACCACUGUAUAUUCCCAAACGCAACUGACAGGACAAGGAACCCGUGGCCCGCUGGUUAGAGACUUUGGACUUCAAAUCAGCAGGUCGCGGGCACGAGCCCGAGAUGUUCCACAAUUCCAGUCUCCCUCGUCUUUGUCCGUAGCGUUAUUCUGCAUAUAUAUGUAUAUGUAUCUGUCAUAACCGAUAUCCCCUAUCAACCGAGAGGACAGCGGGUCCGUUGCUCAGUGGAAGAGUGUCCAACUCAAUGCCCAAAAAUCUCAGGUUCGUAUCUCAAAUGACCCACACCUGGAGUUAGCUAUGACUGGCUGAUGACAGCUAAUAAGCCAGAAAUGGCCAUUCCGGUUUGCCUUGUCUUUUUCAGUACUAUUCAGUUACGGCUACCUGUAGUCGUUGUGCGACAAGCUGCGGAGGUUCUAGUAUGAGUCCCAAGACACCAAGGAAGGAGCACGUUCUGUAACCUGAUCAGUGAGCGCCCAUCUGUCGUAUGUACAGUAGAUGUGCUAACUCAUGAAAUGUCAAUCAAAAUUUCGAAAUGCGCUCUCGUUUCGAAAAGAUAAAUUAAAAGGUAGUGUAAAACUAACCAUGAUGCAGCAUAAAUCUAUAAUGAUCCAGUUAACGCAGGGUGUCAACUUUUGAAAGAACUUAUUUUCGGCUGUAUGCAAGAUCUAUACUCUGCAGAAAAUGACUACUUAAGUGGUAUGCAAUGUUUUCAUUGAUUUUCGAUGCCCUUGAAAAUUCAAUUAUAUUUCAUGGAAAACAUGUAUAAAAAUAUUCACUCUUUUACUUAUUCGGUAGAAUGUCACGUCUUCGUCCAAUUCUAUACUCAGAAAAGAGUAUAAUUCAGUUUUUAAUCUUUUCUAAUUCCUGAAUAAUUUUGAACCCGACCUGCUGUUACACUUGCAUUCAGGGUUUCAAAACUACAAACUGCAUAUUUUCCGUGUGCGGAAAACCAUGCAUUUCUCUACGGUGUUAAGAGGAAACCAUAUCAAGUUCACAAAAUUAUGCAGUGGAUUUGAGCUAUUAAUUAUGAGAUUUUCUGAGACCGUUAAAUGGGCCUUCAUGAAACGUCAUGUAUCUGCAUUUACGAAUGUGGCUUGUAAAGUUAAAAAUAUUGCUUAAAUCCACUGCUUAUUUUAUAAAUCUCAUAUGGUCUCCUCUCAACACCGUAGAGGAAUGCAUGGUUUUCCGCACACGGAAAAUAUACAGCUUGUAGUUUUGAAACCCUGAAUGCAAGUGUAACAGCAGGUCGGGUUCAAAAUUAUUCGGGAAUUAGAAAAGAUUAAAAACUGAAUUAUACUCUUUUCUGAGUAUAGAAUUGGACGAAGACGUGACAUUCUACCGAAUAAGUAAAAGAGUGAAUAUUUUUAUACAUGUUUUCCAUGAAAUAUAAUUGAAUUUUCAAGGGCAUCGAAAAUCAAUGAAAACAUUGCAUACCACUUAAGUAGUCAUUUUCUGCAGAGUAUAGAUCUUGCAUACAGCCGAAAAUAAGUUCUUUCAAAAGUUGACACCCUGCGUUAACUGGAUCAUUAUAGAUUUAUGCUGCAUCAUGGUUAGUUUUACACUACCUUUUAAUUUAUCUUUUCGAAACGAGAGCGCAUUUCGAAAUUUUGAUUGACAUUUCAUGAGUUAGCACAUCUACUGUAAAUCUCAGUUCUCCACUGAGUAACUUUGAAAUUAUUAACUUGAUUAUUCUCUUGAGUUCAUAUACCAGAAACCGCAUAGAGAGCGCUGGGGGUUCCACUGAAGAGCCUAACCCCUCGAAGCUGUUUCACGCAGCGGCAGAAUAUCGACUUAACACUUGUCUAAGCUUUUAGCAAGUAUCUAUUUCGAGAGUUCGGUAUAAUACCUUUACCAUAUGGAAUUCAUACUACUCGCAAUAUAACUUGUUUGUAGAAUGGGCAUUACGUGGUUAUUCAACAGUUGUUGUUUGUCGUCGACUCGAAUGUUCAUUGAAAUUUCGGCUCCGACCCGAAAAAGUCAUGUCCCGGCGAUUUAACUCCAAGUCCUGCACUGAGCAAUUUCUGAAAUUAUUCACAGCAUCAACCCAUUUUCAACCAUUACAGAGCAAUAUCGAUUUUUUGGGCGUGUUUAAAUUUUGGCUGUUUCUUCACACUUACUGCACGUCUGAAGACGAGCUGGGGACCAGACUCCAAAAUAUACGAAAUAAAUUUGUUCAUUUUCCCAAGGGACUCAUUCUUCUUCGAAAUAUAUAUAUAGACGCAAGGCUAAGUCUCCAUACAGGAAUGUGACGUGUUUCACCAUCGUUAUGAGGAAAUUUCUGUAGUAAGGAAGGUUAAUUAAUUUGAUUUUUUUGCUGGAACUCACUAAGAUACUUGUACUAGUUAUGGUUAACUGCUUUUGAAAUAAGAAUUUUGAAGCGCAAAUCAACCCCAGAAGGUUUUCUGAACAGUUUCUGAACCUAUUUCAAACCCGAAAAACAAUCGCUUUCUCUGAAAAGUUCUUUGAUACGAUUUUCGUGUUAGAGAGGGAAAAACCGGAUAGGAAGUAAAAUAACCGGCUAGUAGCGCAAAAGCUUUCAACUGCAUGGAUAUUCUUCAACCGAGUGAAUGUCGGAAGUAAAUCUAGUUCUGUUUCUGUCCGGCAUAAUGGGACUUUUGGAAUUUUUUUGCUUAUGCAUUUUGUCUCAAGAUACCAAAAUCGUGAAAAGUUUAAGUCUUAACAAUUUCAAGAAAAUAAACAAGAGAACUCUCAUUGUAAAAGGCCCCAAAUACCCACCAGAAAUGCCGUUAGCAUUUUCUACGGUCAAAAGUAAUUGCUCCAUUAACGAAAGUGGGAAUGCGUUUACUUAGCAGUCUCAGCAUUAGUCAGCGUUUGCAUUUCAUCAUGCCUAUGUAUAUUUCGGAAGUAGACUUAAGUAGUUUUGCAUAUAACGUAUUUCGCUUUCAGAAUGAGGAUAUUUCACUAGUAGUGAGGAGAUAUUUGAUGGAUUUUGUCUCCCGAAAUUUGUUAAAGCAGUUGUAUAAAUUAGAGUUAACAAAUAAAGGUAAAGUAAGGUUUUCGAGUUCUAAAAACAAUCUGGGAAUAUCAAAUAGUUGUGAAAAUACGAUUCCCCGAUGGCAUGUUAAAACAAGAAGAAACAUUCACUGGGGGGGGGAGUGGGGUUCGUUAGAGGUCUGAUGUUUCGAGUUCGUCCGCCCAUCCUCAGAGACAAAAUAGUCGUGUGCACAGCUCCUAUUAUACGGCGCGUUUUGUUUGAUGUGUAGUCCGCAAUGCCGCUUGCGUGAACCGCAUCUGGCUCGCAUUUCAUCGUGUCCUGUGUCGUCUCCAUCCUCGUCGACCACGGAGAUAAUUGGUGACACGCCGAUUGUUUCGCGCCCUGACUGUCCUUCGUCGAGAAGGUUCGUAAAGCCUGAUACGGCGGAGGCAAAUCGGUGUGGCGGUUGGCAGAGCAGUUGGUGGACAUCCAGACUUCUUGCACCUGCCUCGACAUGCGACCAUCAUCUCUGUCCGUAACUUCGAUGGCGUCAAAGUUGAGGAUAUGUCCCAUUUUCGCGGCAUGGUUUGCCAUCUCCACCUUUAAGUCCAACCUUCGCACGACCAACUGAUGCCCGUGAAUGCGAUUUUGCAUUUGUCGUUUGGUUUCCUUAAUGUAGUUGUAAAUCCUGCGGCUGCACUGAAGUCGGUGGACAGCAGGCAACAUUGCUUGUUUGGGCAUAGGCUUUGUUGGCCACAUUACUUGCCGGCGGAUUGUUGAGUCAGGCCUGUGACUAUCUCCUAUUCUGAAUGGCGCGAGGGAUCCAGUCACGGCUUCGGAGGCCCCGUUCAUGCAUGAAAUGCUUCACCAAGACAUUGACUGACUAUACUCCUCGUUCAGUUUCCUUUGUUAAAUUCGGCUCCGUUCAGCGAGUGCUCGCGGAUAGCCAUAGGCCUGAAAAGAACAAUUGCUUCCCCUUAAGGGACCUUUGACAAGAUUUUCAUGCCAAAGAUGCAAAAGCUAUGAAGUAAAAGGACCGAGGAAAAUGGCUUUCGUAGCGAAAAAAAUCCCAAUUAUCUGGCUCCCCAUGGAUAUGCUUCAAGCGAGUAGAUGCCACUUUUGGAUUUAGUCUUGUUUUCUUGCGGCAAUUUGGAGACAUAAUAAUUUCUUGGUUGUGAGUUUUGCCUCAAAAAGCCAGAUUGGGGAAAAAAUUAGCUUUAAAAACUUCGUGAAAAUAGACAUAGGAAAUAUCAAUGUAACACACUCCUACAACGAAACAGAAAAGUCGCUAUCAGUUUCUUCGGACAACAUUCAUUGCUCCAAUAGCGAAAGAAAAAAUGUGUUUCCUUAGCAAUCUCAAUAUUAGUCAGCGUUUACAUUUCCCCAGGUCUAUGUGCAUAUCGGGAUUAGACUUAAAAGCUUUUGCAACUGUAAUGAAGCGGCGAAUGGAAGACAAGUAUACCAGUAAAUUUGUCUUUGCAGUACAGAUGUCCAUAAACAUUCAAUCAUAUAUCAUGCGAAACAUGCACAAAAAUAUUUGUACUUUCGCUCAUUCGGAAGAACAUUACGUCUACUUUCAAUUAUAUACUCGAAGGAAGAAUAUAAUUUGGUUUUCAAAAACCUUUCCAAUUUCCGGGUAAUUUUGAACCCGCUCUACCGUUACACUUGGAUUCAGGUUUUCGAAAUUACAAGCCGUAUAUUUCCUGUGUUCGGAAAACCACAUAUUUCUCUAUGGCAUUAAGAGGAGAUUAUAUGGGGUUCAUGAAAUUAAGCAUUAGAUUUAAUCCACAUCGUUAAUUUUACAAGCUACAUUGGUAACUGCAGAGACAUGACGGUUUAUGAACGGCCAUUUCACGUUAUUAAAAGGUCUCACAACUAGAAACCUUUUUAAAACAAAAUUAUGUCCUUCCUUCGAGUAUAAAAUUGAAAGAAGACGUAAUUGUCUACCGAAUGAGCGAAUGAAUGAAUAUUUUUAUGCAUGUUUCCAAUGAAAUAGAAUUGAACUUUAAGGGCAUCGAAAAUUAAAAAGAAAAAUUCAUGCUAGUUAAUUAGUUGUUUGGUACAGAGUGUAGGUCUUACAUACAGCCGAGGGGAAGUUCGUUCAAAAGCCGGCAUCCUGAGUUAACUGAAUUAGUAUUGAAUUAUACUGCAGGCUGAUUAGUUUUACCACCCAACUUAAUUAAUCUUUUCGAGACGAAAACGCAUUUCGGAAUUUUGGUUGACAUUUCUUGAGUUAGCCCGCCCAUUGUAAGCCCCGAUUCCGGAGAUUCAGAGUAAGGGUAAAAUGUCCAGUGCCGAUAAGUGCAAAACAGUCCUACUUCUUGAUCUCAUCCGUCGGUGACUCAAACGAAUAUAACGCUGGACGUGAAAUACACAGUAAUUCAUCAAACCCCUACUAAAGUUAGGGGUGCGACGACGCAUGCGAAUGAGUCAUGGUUGACUGACUACGGCCGAUAAGCUAGAGGUUGCCAGUAGAUUGCACUUUUAUGUCAGCAAAAAUUCUUGGAAGCACUCCAGUUAAAAGUCACACUUUCCAUAUGACAAUACAUAAGUAACUUUUGCAGCUCAGUGAUGUAUUUUGUCAAGUGCAAUGAUCCAAAGAGCACAAUUAUCUGCCAUUUGAACUUACAUCACCUAAUUAUCGUAUUAGUUUAAAAGCAUUUAUUUGCACAAACAAACACGUUUCUAAAUAUGAGACAGGAUUUUACCGAAUGAAGGCAAAAUUUCGAGUUUCAGGCGUAUGCAUAAGUGAAGAAGAAGAAGAGGGGUUGAGCACCGAAACAUUUUUGCUGUCCUGAGCUUUCUAACUCGUCAGAGAUAGUAGCAGCAACAGGACAAGCGAAAGUUAUAGGACUUGGGGGCUUAUCACAACUGACAGGAUUCUAACUAACACACUGGUUGUGUUGCUUGAAAUUUGGAUUAGAAUUCAUAUUCAUUCGUCGACAUUACUUGUGCGGCUAUGUGAUGACAUUUCAGUCACAUAAAAGCACUCUGCUGAGGCGAAUCGACUUCACAAUGAGGCUUCGGCAGGACAGAUACCCAUUUAGAAGGUGUCUGCCUUUUGGCCAGAUUUUGCGGACGAUAAAGACUUUCGACUGCCCGGGUUCAGCAAACAAGUGGUCACAAAUCACACACCGCUAUUACCUACAGGCCUUUGUAGAAAUGGGCUUGGUCCACCGGCCACUUAUGAGAAGUUUACAAACCUCGCAGAUAUACGAACUGGCUAAUAUAAUCUGCCAUCCUAUUGGAUAACGAACCGUCCGGCGUAAUCCUUAAAUAGUGAAGUGAUGUGCUCUGGUUGUACCCGGCGGGAGUUAAGGGUCCUGAGGCGAGCAAAAUUCUUUCCCCAAACCACUAAACCGACGGUUCGCGCGCUCUUUUCCAGCCUAAUUUUAUGACUGGACGUACAAACCGGAAACUCUAAACCGGUAUCAAAAAUGUGUGUAGCGAUAUCUUCAAAAAAGCCAGGGCAUUCACCUGAAUACGAGGCGGCAACUGCCAAUGGCUUUAUGCUGGUUAAUCGAUAGGGAACUACAGGUUUCGUUACGCGCGCCGAGCUUCCUGCAGGCGCGCUUCCUGUAUGCUGCAGACCUUCACGAGUAAGCCUAUGCCAUUUAACCGCUUUUUGCCUAUGUUAGUUGUCAGCCUGCAACUUAUUUUUUCUGCCGUUCUAAACUACCGGAGGAAAAAACGCAGCGAAGUCAUAGAUGGUAUCUCUGCCAUAGAACUAAUCCUCAGACGGGUACUGCCUCUGGAUUUUGUCAGUGGUUAAAUACUUGCACUGAAGCAGUUUACUUGGCAAUGGCGUUUCUGCAAUAAUGUACGACAUAACUACAGAAUUGGUGUUGGGAUAAUUGUUGGUACUGAAGCCCAGUUAAUCAGAAGUCAAUUGGAAUAAUUGCGGUUUUGUGCACACAAAAGCAGCCUGAAAUUUAAUUUGGCCGAGCACCUUGUAGUGCCUUUCUUAAGCACAUGAAGCUAAAGUAGAUAAGCCAACUCAUGAAAUGUCAACCAAAAUUUCGAAAUGCGUUCUCGUUUCGAAAAGAUAAAUUAAGUAGUGUUACAAAACUAAUCAUUAUGCAGCAUAAAUCAAUAAUGAUCCAGUUACCUAAGGGUGUCGGUUUUUGAAAGAACUUAUUUCAAGCUGCAUGUAAGAUCUAUACUCUACAAAAAAAGACUACUUAUGCAGUAUGUUAUUUUAUCAUUGGUUUUCGAUGCUCUUGAAAAUGCAAUUAUAUUUCAUAGAAAACAUGCAUAAAAAUAUUCAUUCUUUUACUUAUUCGUUAGAAUAUCACGUCUUCUUCCAAUUUCAUACUCAAAAGGAGAGUAUAAUUCGGUUUUAAAUAGUUUCUAAUUGUGAGAUUUUUAAUACCGUUAAAUGGCCGUUCAUGAAACGUCAUGUAUCUGCAUUUACGAAUAUGGCUUGUUAAGUUAACGAUAUUGCUCAAAUCCACUGCUUAAAUUUAUGAACCUUAUAUGGUCUCCUCUUAACACCGUAGAAGAAUGUAUGGUUUUCCGUACACGGAAAAUAUACAGCUUGCAGUUUUGAAACCCUGAAUGCAAGUGUAACAGCAGGCCGGGUUCGAAAGUAUUCGGGAAUUAGAAAAGUUUUUAAAACCAAAUUAUACUCUUCUGUUGAGUAUGAAAUUGGAAGAGUACGUGAUUUUCUACCGAAUAAGUAAAGGAAUGAAUAUUUUUAUGCAUGUUUUCCAUGAAAUAUAACUGAAUUAUCUAGGCAUCUAAAAUCAAAGAUAAAAUUGCUUGCUACGUAAGUAGUCAUUUUUUGCAGAGUAUAGAUCUUGCAUGCAGCUUAAAAUAAGUUUUUUCGAAAGCCGACACCCUGAGGUAACUGGAUCAUUAUACAUUUAUGCUGCAUCAUGAUUAGUUUUGUAACACUACUUAAUUGAUCUUUUCGAAACGAGAACGCAUUUCAAAAUGUUGGUUGACAUUUCAUGAGUUAGCACUUAUACUGUAUGUGGGACAAUGUCCUAUUAAUAAUGAAGGCAAGUGCAUGUAUACUUUCCAUGAAAUGGAGGUAAACAGUAGAGGUCCCUCUGCUCACAGCCUAGAUUGCUAUUGAUUUUCGGUUGUAAUUAGCACAGAUGGACGGAACAUUAUGUAGUGUUUAAAUAUCUUUCUGAUGGCCACGCCGAAAGCCUUUUUCAUUUUAAUACCUAUGAAUUAAAGGCGUGUCAGUGUUCAUGACGUCAGCCGUCCCCUGAUUGGUUAGACGGUCGAGUGUCAGUCAGUCUUCAAAUGCCCGAGUUAAGUGCAGGCAGACUUAUCUAUCACCCCGACCAUAAUUAUCUUACGAAAUCUCAAGUAGUUGACAAUGUAUGUUGCGAUUCUAGGAUUGCUUCUUUUGCGAUGAAGUCCAGCCCGGACAAAGCCAAACGUGCACUUUAGUUGGUGCGUUCUUUGGUAAACAGCACCUAUGUUCCCCAGUGAUUUCAGCCAAUGUUGUUUUAAUCUGACACUUGUAGUUUUUUUAUUUAUUUGCCCGUAACUCUUCACUUUUUCCUUGCAUCAAUCAGCAAGCAGUUAGUUUGCAUUUCUGUUUAAUACCGUUUAAAUAUUCGUCAUCGUCUAUGUUCUACAACUUAGCUAAGUGGAUUGGUAGGGCAUUUGCGGCCUAGAUAUCUCAACUCCGGACACAUACCCACUUUCAUUUUAUAGUUAAGGGGGCCGUACUAAAGCUAAGCCGUUGUCAGGACCUCUGUCAUUUUUGAUUGAAAUGUAGGGAUCGCUUGGCGCCAAUUGUGGAAUGACGUACUUGUGGUCUGAGAGACAGGCUGUCAAGGCUCCUUCUUGCAGUGACCUCCGACACUCCCACGCAUGCGAGGUGUAUGCCGCCUAACCUCCGUUGUGUGAAAUCCUGGCGCAUGUGUUUGGGGGUCAGAUCGUGCGUGUGGUCGUGGUAGGGAGCGCUCACCGAUUGUUCUUGCGGAACUCACUCGUUCUGUUGUGCCUUGCGGGCUCUCUCUCGAUCCCAACCAGCAGCCGUACAGCGGCGCAUGAUAAAAGCCGUGUGUUAUUACCGACAAAGACCAUUGCAUAUUCCCGAUCGAAACCGACAGGGCAACGGGCUCGUGGCCCGGUGGGUAGAGGCGUGGACUUCUAAAACAACAGGUCGCGAGUUCGAGCCUCGGGUGUUCAACAAUUCGGGGUUGAGUAUGACUGGUUAACGACGGCUAAUAAGCCAGAAAUGGCUAUUCCAGUCUCCCUUGUCUUUGUCUGUAAUAACCUUCUGUCACCAGAAAUGUCACCCACCGCGCCCUCUCCAUGCACCUCUCAACUGACCGGCUCGGACAUGGGCGGGAGCCUUGGAAUGGGGAGGGAGAGUGAGGUUGACCGAUCAAAGCAUAUUCUCACUACAAAUAAUCUGACGCGCUUGAAGCUAUCCCGGCGCGCUAAAAGUCAUGGCUUGUUAGAUUGUCAACUUGGACCUCGCACUCAACUCAGUAUGUGUUUGUGUAAAACGGCUGACUAGUGGUCUACGAGUCAGGCUGCAAUGGCUCCUUCUUAAUGUGGCCUUUAUGGCACUCCCAUUCUAAACUGGCCCAGGUGAGGGAGAAGGGAGAGUGCGGUAGAUGCUUCGAAAGUCUGCACUCACUAUAAACGUAUUUACGCGCAAGUCGCUGUGCCUGUUUCACCUAGCUGUGGAGCGCAUGGUCGACAUCUUCGGCAACGACGGUCGAACUGCCAAUUACAAAUCUCCCAUAAAUUAUUCCUCUCUUGAGCAAUUUUAAAGCAGGACUACAUCUAAUAAUGCCAGCAGUUUCAACCUGCCUUUGUUGCGUCGGCACCCAACUUAGGCAAGCAUUUCGUUAUGGUCUCAGCAACAAGGUUUGAAAUUUGGGGCGUUAUUCCAAGUCGGCUCAUACGCCGCAGCAUGAUAGACUCCGAUUGAACACACAUCUAGCCACUUGUCCUCUUAUUUUAAUCCCAUCGAUAUGUUUGCUUGUGUUUCCUGUAGCUAGCACAGGUCUUUUUGAAAGUGAGUGUCCCAUGGAACUUUGUCAUGGAAGCAUUGAAAGAUGUGUUAAUCUUGUGUGGACAACUUUGCUUAUUUUGGAAAACGUGCCAGCGAGCUAAAGAGUGCGCUGGGUUUCAAGCCAUACUGGAGUUAUUCGAAGAGAAAUAUUUACUGUCUGCAAGCAUAACGUUAGGAAGAGACGUCAUGAUCUGCGAAACAAGUCAGUAAUGUGCCUUCUCGUAAAAUAUUAUAGACUUUUUUUGGCCGGCAAGAAUCUAUUAAAAAACACAACGGUUUAACUUUUCAACCUAAUUUUACACACUUAUUCGCAAUGGAAUUUAUUAUAUAGACGGCAUAUUAACGUGCGAAAAUUUACGUAUGUCCCCCUUUAAGUGGUUUUAACGUCUUCUGAAAUAUGUAAUAAUACUGUAAAAAGUGCUCCGUACUUCAGAUUAUUGGUAUUUGUCCACAAGGUGGGUAAAUUCUAUUUCGAUUAACAAUAGGUAAUUAUCAUUCCGGAUAUGCAAUCUUGUCUGGGGUGAGAAACUGACAGGUGGUUACGCGAUGUUUCACAGCCAAAGAUAAUGGACGCAUCCCCCUCCAUCUGUGGGUGUCUAUAAUUACCAACUAGUCGCUAGAAUGACGGUGGUUUCGCAGGGACACUACUAUUGUUAAUAUAUCGGAUGGUGACCGACUGGACAACGAGCCUCUGGUUCAAUUUUUACGGCUUUGAAGUUCUAACCAGCACGCGUAGUAUGGUGAGUAUCGAUAUGGGACACAAAGGUUUAACUAUUACUGCGGAAGAACUAAGUAAGUCACUGCGUACGGAAUCGGCAAGGAAAGGCAAUUCAAGUGCGUUGGGGUUACAAGGAAACUAAGCUAAGACAAAGGGACUAUGGGGAUGGGGAACGAGAGCAUCAUUCCAGAUAAUUUAUCACUAAGAAGUCAUGCCGAAACAACGUGAUGCAUAGAGUUAUAUCAAAGUGUUAGAUAGCAGACAAAGGGACUUCCUGUAACUAUGGAUUAAUAAACAAAACAAGGCUUUCUAAAAUGAAUAUAACGGUUAUCUGAACCUGUUAAACCUAGUGGGAUUACACAACCUAUCCUUACUGACUAGGUUUGUUUUAGACUUAUUCAGUAUGCCCUUCAUGCAAGUGAACGAUUUGGGUAUGGCGGAAUUUUUUUUAAACAAAAACGCCGAUUAUUUUGCGGUGGGACAGCGGGGCACGGGUAGCUAGAACGCUGACCCUUGCUGACGUGGGUUCGAAUCCCACCUAGACUGCCGAGGUUUCCACAAUUCCAGUAAAUGGUUCGCAAAACUGGCGGAAAAGUGGAUUUCACAAACCAGUCUUUCUUAUCACCCUGGAUCAACAUAAUGUUGUUAACGUGUUUUCUGUUAAUUACACUAAAAAAACUUUCUAUCGCGCUACAAACCGGAUAUCAUACUGAAAAUUCGUAUACACCGCGGAUUUAGUCUGUGAAUAAGAGAACGCAUGGCACAAAUUCUGUGCAAUUUAACUUCAGCCCUUCUUCAUCUUUCGUCAGGAAGUGAAAACGAUCUGAUUAAUAGAACCCAGGAAUAUACUUCCUGUCCUACGAGUCAAAAAUAGAAGUUGUUUUUUGAAAAGAUGGAUUUUUGCUCACCGCAUCAAGAACAUAGCUCAAUUUCAACAUCUAACACACCAUCAGAUAGAGUACAUGAUAAAAACGGACGAUUUACGCUGACAUGAUAUCUAUAGGUUGUGGUGAUAUGUCAUCACGCUCCUACAGAAAUGGUAUAGCUCCUGCAUUCCCCGCGAGUAUUCGUUUUUGUUGCAUCUGAGUAGUUAAUGGACAGUAUGUCAUCACCAGCGUUGGUGAUUGACGUGAUAAUUGCUCUGUAAUUUAGGUAGCAAGUGCUAGCAAGUAGCUAGCAAGUGCAAUUUAGUUAGCAAGUGUAAUUUAGCUAGCAACUGCUCUCGGAAGCAGUUUCCACAAGCUCUCUCUCCGCGCGACCAUGUCCGGGCUCCGAAGUGCGGAGAGUCGAGCUAGUUGAGUUUGCUUAUUGACCGCAGGCCGGAAAACCAUAGUUGUAGCAACUAUUUUUACCUCUCGCGGCAUUUCUGUUUAGUUGAAAUGAACAGCAACUUGAGAUUUGGCAUCAUUCCUCGUCACAGCAUAUGUCCUCUCCGGUCGUCCUGCUUCUCCUUCUUCGCUACCUUGUCCGAAACUCCAUACGUUCCAUGUCUCGCCAACGUUUCUUCCAGUCUCGUGACCUGGCAUCCAACUGUUGCCUCAGUUCUUGUUUUCAACGUUCGAGCUUCCUUUUUCUCACCGGCAUUUCGGAACACCAUUUUUCAUCUAUAAUAGAAAAUUUCUGCUCAAUUAUUCAUCCUGUCGGAGCGUAAACAGAAAUGUUGGGACUUCUACACGUAUCCGAGCUCUCAAACGUGAAGACAUUGACUUGCAAUUCCGACGGAAAGGGAUCAUCGAUUACUUAGCCAAGUUGACAACUGUGGCUGGGACGACUUAUAAGUAGAGUAGUUGACGUUAAGACGGUCGUGUGAAUUCCUGCGACGGCAAGCUUCUCCUCAGCGUGCGAGAUGUUUACAUCUCAAAGUCCGUCGUAACAGAUAGUUUAAGUGUAGCAUGCAACUGCCUUUCAGGACUAACUUUGUUUUUCACCUUACUGUUUCCAGAAAGGACGUUCGCCUGCCGGUUCAACUGCAACGAGCAAUGGCCGCCGAAGCUGAGGCGACCAGAGAAGCCAGAGCAAAGGUAAAAAGAUCUUCCUUAGAUUAUAUGUGAACGAUAUAAAUCAUUAUUCUCCAUAUACCUAUGAGGAUUCUACCUCAAACAGGCUUCUGACUAGAUUCUAUGCAGGCAAACAAGUAAGUUUCUGGUCAAGGCUAAUGGAGAGGUUUUUCGGGACAUAUAAUAUUAAACAACAACUGUCCCUUGCAGAAGAAAGACGUCUUCAGAGAGGAAUGCGCUUGAUUUCGAAAACAUCAUUCAGCAUUUUUAGUAAGAAUGUCUACACUUAUUUUAACCAAGAUAUAAACGCAUAAAUGAUGCAGGAGUAAUUAGGUUUACCUAAAAAUAAAUAUCGAUUAAGGGGACAGUUCACGUCUCAGUUUCUUUAUUAAGUUUAAUUUUCAUGUAAGGUAUCGUGUCAGAAAUGGCAGUAUGGAAUGACACAUUGGGCGGGUGGACUACGCAGCAACUAGUUGAGAAUGAAGGGGAUAGACAACAUCAUCCAGAAUUCGAUCAGCGACUGACUUGAGCGUUAUGAAGUGACGCAUUAUAAUAUUCACUAGGAAGACAUAAAAACAAUCCUUACAUUAGAGUAGUCUCCGGGGCGGUUUCAGGACUGUUACAACCCGUCAGUGGCCAUCAACCUCGAGCAACAUUUCGUCAGCUUUUGAUGCAAUCCACAGACAUACUGUAACCUACUGAAACCUCAACAGUUGUUUAUCAAAUACGUUGCCACGAUAGAGAUUGCAACUACUGGACGGAAAUGGCAGACCCACCUACACGAGCACGAACUGACAACCCGGAGACUAGACCCGAACUCACAGCUUGCAACUCACGUUGGGGAAACUGACCACGGUUUUGACUUUCAGGGAGCAGCCGUCUUAGGCAGGGACACCUCGAGGACAGAACGUCUUACACAAAAGGCUUGGUACUCAGAUGUCAAAUCCAUCAACAUGCAUCUAGACCUUCCCUUGGCCUAUAAAGUCCUAAGUCACAACAUACAGCAUGAACAGGACAAUACGGUCACACGGAGCUUAAAAAUAGCGAGAAAACACGGCCCGUCGACUGAUUCACACCAAGGGGGGAGGGCACAAACGCAACCGACCCCAAUUGAAGCGACGACACACAAUUCAGGAGGUCGCAACGAUUUACCAACAGCAGCCAGGAGACCAAGGCAACGAAAGCGGAGAAAAAUCGAUCAGCCCAAGACCAUCUAAUUUCGCCGUUUUUUUUAAAGCUCUGGUCAAUUUUUUGCACUAAACGCUCUGAUAGUGGAGAGCCGGCCAGGCCCUCCGAAACAUCCGCCAGAAGGUUAGAGUUGCCGAGUUCAGGUAGCGAGUAGGAGGUAAGGGUGCGAUAGAUGUAGUGCAAAUCUGCCACCUCUAUGAAUUAACUCGCGCACAAGUCACCGUGCCUGCUCUCACCUUGCAUGGAGCAAACGGCAGACAUCUUCGGCAGGCAACGACGGUCGGACUUUCGGGUGGCGUCAAUGAGCAACCUCCUGAUUCGACUCUGCAAUUUAGUGGUGCACAUAUUGCAGGUUACGUACCUCAAGCACAGAGAGAGGGAGGGUGUUUCUUCUUGCUAGUUAGGUUUUGGGGUGUCAUUUGGAAGAGAGAUCGAGACAGAAACCUUCAAACGUCUCCAGGAAAUCCAAUUUACCUAGUCGAGCAAAAAACCGUUUACUUUAGCAUAUGCGAUGCUUACGCCCAAAAAUGCUGAACGAUUCCAUUUGUUCGGUGAACACCAUUGUCGUGUGACUUUAGAUAUUCAUAGUCAACUUACUAUGAACGCAUGACUCAAUGUGGAAAUGGCUUGAGCGUGCGUUGGGUAUUCCCUGAAGUAAUGUUUGGGUGUACCUGGCUGACAAAAGUGAAGACGCCAAACACGGCUGCCUCCCUAGUCGGCCUGUGGUUGUAAUCAAAUAACUGCCGCCCGUUGCUAACAGUUCUUUAUGAGUAUCGCCUCCCAGUCGAAGACUGACUGGUCAUCCUGCGAUUAAAGGGCGAUGGCCGAGGCAGAAUGCAGGGCCGCGUGUCACAUUUCUAGUCCUCAGGGAUUGUGAGUAUCUCCUAUGUAAUGAUCAACAAACCAUGGCCCUUCCAACUUGAUGUGCACUGUCCGUCCUCUGGCACCUGGUUUCCCUGUCAGCGGAGGCGAUUGCGCUCUCGCUGAGUACACAGGUCGCAGGCAUGACUGUCCAGUCAUCCUCAUCCUUGUGAUCCGUUGUUGUGCUGUUGUUGUUUGUUAAAAUCCCGGUCAAGUGUUUGUUUUGAACCAGGGAGUAUGGAGUGGUACGCCCAGGUGCGGGUCCAGACAUGCCAGCCACUUGAACCCACUUCCGCCUCCGGGAUUCUUGACUCUGUCUUGACACCGGGUCAAGGUGACGAGAAGGAGGAGUGAGUGUGAUAAAUGCCGCACAAGCCUCCUCUCGCUGUAGGCCUAUUCACGCACAAGUCACUGUGCCUGCCUCACCCUGUUAAGCCUAGGUGCGGCUCCGACCACGCCAUCCCCCCGCGCCCUCUCCCACCUCCGGUGUUCUUGACCAUGUCUUGACAGGGACCCAGAUGGGGAAGAGGAGAGGGUGCGGCAGAUGCUGUGCAAGUCCACCGCAACUAUAGACUAAUUUACGCGCAAUUCAGUGUGCCUGCUCUCACUGCCUGUAAGGGAGCACACAGUUGACAUCCCCAGUAACGACGGUCGAACUGACAUUAUACAUAUUUCAGGUAUGGCAUGCUUAAUUCGGGCAAAGACGGAUGUGACUGCCCGAAAUCGCGCGUGUGCGUAUGUUGCAGUGGGCUCAACUGCCUGAAAUUGUUUGCUUGGCGUUGAAUGACCUUGAGGUAGCGGGGCCAUGAAUAAAGAGUCCCGACUGCAGAAAUAAAAGACAGGUGAAGGUGUGUUCUUCAAUAUCAGUAAAAUCUUCAAGACGUAUUUUACUCGAAGAAAUACUGUCGCGGGGCAUAUCUCCGUACUCGGCCAAUGGCGCGACGUCAAAAGUAGAUGAUUUAUUUGUCGUAUAAGUGUUAGAGAGAUAAAUUAAAUAGCCAACUAGAUCAGGGUGAAAAUCUCAGGUGGUUCAAUCAUAACCGACUGACAACGACAAAAAGGUCGGAAUUCAUACUCUUGUCCGUCUUAACAUGCACUGUCGAUUAUAGGUAGCGGCAACCAUAUGAGAAUGGAAUCUUUCAAUCUCGGCAUUAGGGUCAGUGGUAUUUUUAUGCAGUCCUUAUUAGCGAUGAAAUAUAUGACAUCUCGCUUCACAUUAUCCAGCUGAUCUUCCGACAGCUCUUAGUAUUCAAGGGAAGUCGCCAUACGCGGUUAACAAUAAUCUCUCGCUAUAUCGCGUUUCGACUUUCGUAGACUUACAGUGAGUGACCGACCUCACGAAAUAUUGGCCGAAAUUCUGAAAUGCGUUUUCGAUUAGGAAGGACUACUUAAGCGCGGUUGGAAAACUGAUUUUCCUGCGACAUAAUUUUUUAAAAUUCCGGACUCGGCAGGACGUCAGCUUUUGAAAGCACUGCCUUUAUAUCUCUCGUAGAAACUUCAUUCGGCAAGAAAUGACCCUUAAUUAACAUGCAUCUUUCACAUUGAUUUUCGAUGGUUUUGCAAGUUCAAAUAUAUUUUUUAAAACCACGAAAAAUAUGCAUUUUUUCAGUCGUUUGAAAGAGAAUCACGUCGUCUUUAUACAAUAUACUCGAAGAAUUGGUACCAUUAAGUUUUGAAAAAGUUUCUCAUUAUGAGAUUUUUCAAGACCGUGCGAUGUCCAUUCAUACAGCCUAGUACCUGUCUGUUUACUACAGCUUCCCAUAAAAUGAACAACACGGUCCGUAUCCGUUGCAAAAUUUUAUGGAUCCUAUAUAGUAUCUUUUUAAAGCAUAGAAGAAUAGGUGAUUUUCUUUACGGAGAACACAUGGACCUUGUAGAUUUAAAUUACUAAGCGCUAGUGCAACGGCCGAUCAGGCUCCAAACUUUUUUAAAACCUAAUUAUAUUCUUUUUCCGAGUAAAAAAUAUUAGAACGAUGCGAUUCUUUAUCAGACGACUGGAAGAAGGCAUAUUUUUGUUCGUAGUUUCUAUAAAAUAGAUUUCAAUUUUUAAGACAAUCGGAAAUCAUUGUAAAAAUGCAUGCCAAAUAAGAAGUCAUUUUUACCGAGCACAGCUUCUACAGAAGAUUAAAAUGCUAAGCAUUUAAAAGCUGACAUCCUGCCAAAUCCGAAAUAUAUUAGGACCUUGUCCCGUAAUUAUGAAGGUUUCAACCCCACCUAAGUAAAGCUUCCUAAUCGAAAGCCAAAAUUUAAUGAGAUCGAUCUUUCACUGUACUAUAUCGGGGAUUUUAUCCACAAGUAUAUCUAGGUAUGCAUUACAAACGUCUGCGCAAAGUAGGCCUCUUUAUUUCCGAUGCAAGCUUCCUCCGUUCGUUUGAUCAGUCCAUAUCAGAUAUGAGACGCCAUAUUUUAUAGAACAGAAAAAGUUUUACUUCGCGACGUCUCAUUUUUCUGGGAGGGGUUUUGCAACGCAACCGAGCAAAUAAAAUACAGCAUAUUUUUGUGCAUGUUUUCCAUAACAAAUAUUUGAAAUUAUAUGACCAUCUAAAAUCAACAUGAAAAAUACAUGCUACUUAAGUUGUUAUUUUUUUUACCAAAUUUGGCUUUUAUGAGGGGUCGAAAAGGAGUGCAUUCGAAAACCGACAUCCUGGCAAGUCUAGAAUACUAUGGAAUUUUGUUGUUUCGAAAGCAACAUUACAACCUCACCUAAGUAAUCUUUCCUAAUCGAAAACGCAUUUCAGAAUUUCAGCCAAAAUUUCACGAGAUCGGUCACACACUGCAUAUGAAUCCUCAUUUGUGGGUCGUGCAUCCAUUAGCGGGGUUACUACUGGCCGAUAAUGAUCAGUAAGUCCAAAACGCCACUUCUAUCUCCGUCGGUCUGCCUGCAAUUGUAAGCAACCAUUAGUGCAUUGACGCAAUGGGACUCCUCUGGAAAACGGGUCAGGUCUGACGGAACACGUCCACUCGUAAUCCCCUCACCGGAGUUGAAAAUCGAUCGGCCGACUAAUAUUAAUUAUUCAGAAGCGACCAUUCUGUUCUCACAGCGUUAGUCAAAACAUGCAGCCGAGUUAGCCAGUGAAGUGCUUGCGCUUUCAUUUUAUAUUGGAUCAUUAUUAUACAUUUUGAAGAUUCUUGAGAACGUAUUUCUAUCCUAACCAAUAACAGCCGUGAGUAAGUGACUUUGAGGAAGUUCAAGUCGACGAACAUACGUUUUCGAUUAUUCUCUGUCGGGCCAGUACACAAUUAUAGGUCUAGUUAGAUCAGCGGAAUUUGCUGCAAUUAGAUCUAUAUUAAUGUAUUGGCCUGACGAAGAAUGAUCGAAAGGUAUGUUUGCCGACUUGAACUUCAUCAAAAUCACUUAGUUACGACACUCAUUUUCUAGGAUAGAAAUGCGUUCUCAGAUGUGAUUAAACGCGCGUCGUCAGGCGUAACUCAAGUGGUUAGAACACUGGCUGUGCUAAAACCCUCACCCUACUGCCGUGGGUCCGAAUCCUACCGAGGCGCCGAGUUUUCACAGUUAGGUUAAUAUGAAUUAUUCAAAAUCUGCCAAAACAUCUAUGAAUAAUCGGUCAGUAGCUCUCUGACGAUAGAACUGGGUAUUCCUUUAGAAACGAGAGAAAGACCGCAUUGCCCUCUACCUUGUCUGGUCUUCUUGGCCUGUGCAUGGUUCGUUGUGGGGCAGUCGUUAGACAGCAGCCUUAUGUUACGCUCCCAUUUUCAUCUCCAGUUAUUUUGCGAUCAGGCAGGCCAGUGGAACGUGGAUGAGGGAGUAUGUUUGAUCUAUCCUGGGAUUAGUGCUUGAUAUCAACACUUCAAACAACCCUGCGUCCUUUUAAAUCAUCACGACGCACUACUAACUAUGAUUUGGGAUAGCCGGGUCCUCAUUCGGACCGGAGAUCCACCUGCAGUGGCUAUUUGUAAAUGGUGCCCUCAUGGGAUUUCACCCCGCAUUCCUCUGCUGAAUUGUGGUAUGUGUGGAGGUGAGAGCUCGGGUCGCGAUUGGCAUGCGUAGACUGGUCAGUCGACGUUUACAGCCGUUGCACUCAAACACAUCCUCAGCUAUCCUGUGGUUGGUGUGAAAGUAAGGUAGAUACGGUUCCAGUCUGUUUGACUGUAAGCACAUUUGCUCAGGAAGCCAAUGGAUCGGUGUGCGCCCAUUCCUGAGUGAAUAAAUACCCGAUCUGCAGCGACAGAGAAUGGCAGGUGGCGAGGCACUGAUGAAUUUCGGUUCGAUGAAGUGCUUAUGACCCAUCUGGUAGACCCCAGUGCUGGACCAGCUGCGCCAGGUGCGUCUGAGCGCAUAUUUGUGUUUCCGGUACCAGCUGCUGGUGGUCAGGGUUAUGAUUGGGUGAAUGAAGGCAAACAAGCCCGAAACAGUGCUGUAUCAAUCUACCCCCAGACUCUGUCGUCUCCCCUCUGCUAUCAUAGCUUGGCCGACUUCGGCCUGGUAGGUGGUUGCCUGUUCGUGACCCCUAUCGCCCAUACGAAGCUUGUGAGCUUCGGGAAGCCAAUGAAUCGGUGUGCGCCCAUUCCUGAGUGAAUAUGUAUAUAGGCAGAAUGCUAUUACCGACAAAGACAAGGGAGACUGGGAUGGCCAUUUCUGGCUUAUUAGAUGUCGUCAACCAGCCAUACCCAAGCCCGAAGUGUGGAACACCCUAGCCUCGAACUCGCGACCUGUUGGUUUAGAAGUCCACACCUCUACCCACCGGGCCACGAGCCCGUUGCCCUGUCGGUUUUGCCUAUAUAUCAUGCGCCGCUAUGCGGCUGCUGGUUGGGCUCGAGAGAGAGUCCAUAAGGCACAACGGAACGAGUGAGUUCCGUUUGAACGAUCGGUGAGCGCCCCCUACCAUUGUAUAUUCCCCAUCGAAAACCGACAGGGCAUCGGGCUCGUUGCCCGGUGGUUAGAGGCGUGGACUUCUAAACCAACAGGUCACGAGUUCGAGGCUCGGGUGUUUCACACUUCGGGCUUGGGUAUGGCUGGCUGACGACGGUUAAUAAGCCGGAAAUGGCCAUUCCAGUUUCCCUUGUCUUUGUCGGUUCUACCAUUCUGCCUAUAUAUAUAUAUAUAUAUAUAUAUGUGUGUGUGUGCAAGAAUUUCAUCAAGUGGGCAACAGUUCAGACGCAGUCAGACGUUGCAAGGUCUUCACAGAUUAUCAGUACGCUAUAGGCCUCAUAAAUUGAGGUGUAUAAACACGCCAAUUAAGUGCGUCACUCUCACUGUGGUGGUUGGGUCUUGUCCGAUCCCAUUCCGUCCGCCCGCCCGCCAGCUUACUACUGACGACAACGGACGUUCUUCCAUAGGCUACAUACCACAUAAAAUACGUAGGCAGCUCGUGAAGACUGCAGCAAGUCAGGCGGAGACAGCUGUUUCACGUUCGUUACCCAUCACCAGUACAUCAUGAACCUUAUAAGGUGGGGUAUGUGAAAAUGUCAAUUAGGCACGUCAAUCUCACUGUUGUGAUUAGGAUAUUGCUCGAUCUCAUUCUGUCCGACCGCCAGUUUGCUACUGGCGACAACGAACGCAGUGCCACUGAACACAUACGCAGCUUCUCUCGCUGGAAGUAUGGAGUGUGUAAGACGUGAAGGUUCUCGAAGACGAAGAGGUUUGUUUUGCACUACUUUUUGGACAAACAUACGGUUAGUCAUCAUCAGGGACUGCUUGGUCCUGUAAGAAAGUAUCUUUUUAAAGCCUUUGUAUACGUUUACUAAGUCGUCUGGUGGUAGUUGGUGUCACCAGCCUCUCGUGAUGUGAGUACUGAAAACCAAGAAGGGACAAGAACUCCGAUCCGGCCCCUCGGCAAAGUUGUUCUCAGUGGAGGCACGACUUUGCUAGUUAAAUGUAUUGGAUAGCGUCGCCGUCCGACGAGUAGGCUUGCACGAGUGACUCUCCGCUCACGAAAUCGGACGCGCCCACGUUAAACUCCUGCUCAACAGAAGCGGCCUACGCGCGGACAGCCGGUACUAGCGCAUCCUCGUCAGUACUCGUCGAUCUUCGCAGCGACGUUGCAUUUUAAGCAGUCGUAUUGUAGUCUAUGGGCCACAGAUGACCUCUCUGUUUUAGGGCAGUUGUCCGUAGACUCAGGCCUCAACGAGGGAGGUAGAGUCGGGUUAUGGACAAGUACGAUCCCUAGUAGUACCAGCAGUUUGCUAACGGUUUCCAAAGCGGCCUUUACGUAUGGGAUACUUCGAGACCACUGGGUGAUUAUCUUCGUCUUCGACUCUCAGUGAUUGCUUGGGCCUCUUCGGUUAUGCGACCUAAAACCGCAUUUUUGCUGAUUACUUAAUAGGUUAUUUAAAAUUAAACCCGUUCAAACCGCCCCCACACAGAAUAUUGAUGUAAUAAGAAGUCAUCAAGGCAUUUAAAAAGUACAAAUUCACUUUGAAAAGGGAGCACCUUUAGGUGAUAUGUUUACACAAAAUAAAAAGAGUUUAUUUGUUUUUUAAAUAAAAUCUCCCGUUUGGUCAACUACUAGCCUUCAAGAAAACACAAUUUUUGGGGGUGUAGAUAACUCUGUUCAUGCAACGAUCGAUGGACACCGACAGGGUAAAAGGCUCGUGGCCCAGUGGUUAGAGACAUGGACAUCUGACUAACAGGUUGCGAGUUCGAGCCUCGGGUGUUCCACACUUCGGGGUUGGGUAUGACUGGCUGACGACGGUUAAUAAGCCAAGAAUGGCCAUCCCAGUCUCCUUUUUCUUUGUCAUUAAUACCAUACUGUCCAGAGUGCUCACAUUUUGGGUCAGCACUCCGUGUGUUUGCAUUAAAAUAGCGAGUAUUCUGAGCCCUUUGAUUGCGUGGAUAAUCCCUUCGUCUGUCAUAAAGGAAAGAGUAAAUUGCAAAGGGUAAUUUGAGUUGCGAAUUGUGCCGAGUAACGUUUUCUGUCUGUUGAAUAACGCUCACGACCUGACCGUACCCUGGCCUCAUUUCGUAUAGCGUCGGCUUCAUCAGACGUUAAAUAAGAUUGUUUCGGUAAGCAUCUCUGCCCGUCAUCUAAGAUUUUCUAUUCUAGCAGAUGAAGUAGCACCUUUACCUUUCUGCAGUGUCACGGCGUACCUUAUUUCAACUGUAUGUUAUGCUGGAGAAUGUUGUUUAACCUUGCUGCACCUCUUUGAUGUUUUGUCGGCUUCGCAUUUACAGCAGGUGUUAAGUGUUCCUCUCUGUUCAUGCGGGGACAUCCUGCUAUGCACAUCUUCAGAUAGUAAGAACAAAUUAUUGCCGAUUUUUAUCUCAGGUACACGGAACUACUCAAGCACUUGUAUGUGAACAGCUCUCUGUAGAUACUUUAGGGAAAGCCAAAGUAAUUUGGGUUUGCAUGGCAGUGCUUUUAAGGGUGCUAGCAGCUGCAUUUUCCUCCACUUAUCUUCAGGAACCUGCCGCGUUGACAUUUCACCUAACCGCUACAAAGCUUAUUUACUUUGCAUAAAUCAACAACAAAAUAUUUUGCACUUUUAAGUAAACUGCUGCAGUCCUAUGGUUGUCGUUUUCGAAGCCCCGUAAGCGUCCUACGCGCAUUUUUCAGCCUCAAACUGGAGGAUUCUGUUGUCCCAAAAGAACUAGCACAAAAACAUCUAUGAAAUUAUCUACAGGGCUAGUAAAACUUGAUGAAGAACUAAGACAUAAGUAGCACCUUGUCUUGUUUAAUUUCUGAAGGAUUCAGAUCAUCAGUGGGUCCCCCAGCUUUCUCCGUGUGUUUUCUCGUGUAUGAACUCCAGUUUCAGCUUGCCCUGUUUAAUUUCUAAGGAAAUUCACGCGCGAACUCCGCAAGAGCUAAUGGUUUCAGCUCAAAUAUUUAUAUUAAAUUUUACACCGUUCCUGAAAAAGUUUGUUUCGAAAGAUUUGCUCCGAGGUCGCGCAUGAACUUCCUCAGAAAUUAAACAGGGCAAGUUGGAACUGGAGUUGAUAUACAGUGCUUGACCGAUCUCAUGCAAUGUUGGCCGGAAUUCUGAAAUGUGUAUUCGAUUAGGAAGGAUUACUUAGGUGGCAUUGUAAUAUUGAUUAGCAUGCAGCAUAAUCCUAUGGCAUUUAGGACUCAUCAGGAUAUCAGCUUUUGGAUGCACUCCUAUUUGACCUCCUGCAGAAACUGCGAUCUACAAAAGAUGACAACUUAAUUAGCAGGCAUUUUUUCGUAUUGAUUUUCGAUGGUCCUACAUAUUCAAACAUAUUUUAUAGAAAACAUGCUCAAAAUAUGCCUUAUUUUACUCGUUCUGUAGAAAAUCACACUAUUUUCAUAUUUUAUACUUGAAGAACGUGCAUAUUAAGGUUUUAAAAAUAUUUUUUAAUUAUGAGCUUUUCAAGACCGUGCGAUGUCCAUCCAUACAACAUCGUACAUGUCCGUUUACCAAAGCAUCUCAUGGAAUGUACAACACAGUCCGUAUCCAUAGCAAAAUUUUAUGAACUCUAUAUGGUAUCCUUUUAAAAACAUAGAGGAAUAUAUGAUUUUUCUUACGCGGAAAGCAUGCACCUUGUAAACUGAAACCGCUAAACGCUGAUGCAAUGGGAGAUCUGGCCAAAAUUAUUCGCAAAUAGAAAAGUUUUUAAAACCGAAAUAUACAUCUUCUUUAGGUAUGAAAUAUGAAGACAGUGUGAUAUAAUAUAUAUAAUAUUACAACCCCAUCUAAGUAAUUCUUCCUUAUCGAAACCACAGUUCAAAAUUUUGGCCAAUUAUUACAUGAGAUCGGUCCCACACUGUAUCAAAAAACACACGGGGGAGCUGGGGGACCCACUGAUGAGCCGAACCCCUCGCAGAUACGUAAAUCAGCAGCACAAGAUCGGCGAAACCCGAGUAUGUGGGCUUUUAGCUAAUACCUCUAUUGUCAAUUCGGUAAAUAAUUACACAGUUCUAUAAGUAACACCAGUCUUUCAGUGGCUGGCUGACCGAUGUUUAUUAUUUCACUCAAAGGUCUUUAGAGUUCAUCUAUUUGUCUUUUAAUCCAAAGUCGUCCGAAAAGACGGAGAAGCGUUUGCAGUAUUCAGUUCAAUCAUCAUAGCUUUUUCUUUAAUCUUCAUAAGUAUAAUUUCUAUCUGUUGUGGGAGCGCCUAGGAGGAUCUGAGCUGAAACCACCCGCCUACCCGCCUGCCUUAAAUCAGGACACCAAAACGACCUCUGUAACGUGUCAGAGUGUCCCCAUUCCCCAUCCAACAGGAGAAUUCUUUUCGGCAAAUAAGAUUAGAUAAUUUUUGUACUGGCUACUGUUGAUUGUCCUACAACAGGGCUAGGACAUGCAUCGUGUCAUCUAUGAUGACUGAAAAUGUUUCGAGUCUCCAAAACCUCCUUAACCACCUACGGCCUUAUCUUUGUUAUUGGUUAGAAGUUUGUUCCAUUAAUGCCUCAAGUUAAAGAAAUGGAUGUGUUCAACAAGACAAUGAUGCCACGGCUUGAAAUUCUCGAUUUCUAAUUUUCCCUGGCUAACUUGCUUAACAGAAAACCACGUUAUGAAAUUUCGCAUUCUACGUUAUAGUUUUUUAGUAAACUGACCUGAAAUACACUAUUGGUUAAGAACACAGUGAAUGUAGGGUUCUAUCAUGAUAAUCGUACUUAGCGGACAAAGUUUGUUGGGUUGUAACAAUACAUCAAAGUCUAUCGCGGGCCGCCAAGGGAGCAGAAUUCGUUACAGAGGCGUGUUGUUGCUUUCUCUUCCGCAACUAAUAACGAGCAAGUUAUUGAAGUCAAAAUAAGAUUUCAGAUAGAAUAAGCCGAAACUGCUUCUCCAGUGGCGAUUUUUUAUUCGAACUGCAAACUUCCAGUUUUUAUCCUGCCGAAGGAACAAUCGACUACCGGCUACAACACGGGCUUGGUUUUCGGCUAUACAACAAAAUACUGAUUACGCAUUAGCCUUUAGCACUCAGUAAAAUGGACCGAAUAUUUUUAUCGGACUUUUCUUGGCUUUCGUGUUUUUUCAGUUAAUUUUAAACAAAUCUUUGCGAUAACGCGAUAGAUCGGUGGGCGUCCAUUCCCGAUUGAAUAAAUAUCCGAUCAGCAACGACAGAAAAUGACAGGCGGCGGGGUACUGAUGAACUUUUGUUGGAUGAAGUGUUUAUGACCCAUCUGGUAGCCCCCAUUGGUGGACCAGCUGCGCCAGGUUUGUCUGUGCGCAUGUUUGUGUUUCCGGUCCCCGUUACUGGUCAGGGUUAUGAUUGGCUGAAUGCGGGCAAAAAUAAGCCCGAAGCAGUACCAUAUCAAGCUACCCGCAUUCUCUGUCGCCCCUCCCCACUGCUAUUAUGAUUUGGACGACCUCGCCCGGUAGUUGCUUGACUGUUCAUGACUUUUACCACCCGUACAGAGCUUGUUUGUUUCGGGAAGCCAAUAGAUUGGUGUGCGCCCAUUCCUGAUUGAAUAUAUGUAUCCCGUUCACCAUCUGUAGAUGGUGAGACCCAAAGAUGCGCCACCGGCAACGGAACAGUCAGCAGUGAUCUACGGCAUAUCGUGCCAAAAUUGCAGUGUUAGGUAUGAUGGAGAAAUCGGUAAGGAACUCUGCACUAGCUUACAUGAACUCCAUCUUGCAGUCAAUCACAAGACUAUACUGUCACCCAUAUAUGGCAACGUGCAACAGGAGGAACACAGUUUCGCUUUUGGAGAAGCAAGCGUCAGCGGCCAAGCCAAUGACAAGAUGUCCAAACUGAUGUUUAAAAGUUGGUCCUCAGUUGGCACAAGCAACAGGGCUAUUGAACUUCACCUGGCCUGCCAGGCAUUACGAACUAUGCUCCAGUCAGUUCGAACGGAGCCGGCAUCACUGGCGAACAGAUCACGGCUCUCCCCUCAGUUGUCACCUUCACAGCGGGGGGAAAGCGCCAGCCAGGUCGCACGACCGACGCGGCCAAACAGCCGAAAGUGAUUCAUACAUGCGACGGCAGAUGAUCAGCCCGUCAGGUUAUGAGGGAAGGACCCACGGGCACACGGACUUAGCAGCGACAACGACGGCCUGGCAGGGGACAGAGGUAACAUGAGCGCGCCAGCUGUCGGCCACGGAAAGACCACAGCCAAUCCCCAGCCAGGAGGCAGGUCAGAGUUCGUGCGACAGGCUUGUCCACGACACGAGAUAGGUGGCGAGACAGAAUAACUGUAGGCUAGGAUAAACAGGCACCCAGUCACUGUGACGGUGGAGAUGAGGCAGUUUUCGAAAAGUCAACACCAAUUAAAUUUGGUCCAUGAAAUCGCCUCUGUUUUAAAAUGAUGAACGGGACAAUUUAUGUGGACCUCGAAUUUUCACUGAUUUUCAUGUAUGCAUAUGUUUAGGAAGAUGAAAUUCUUUGGGAAACUGUAACGGCAUUGCAACCGGAAGACGGGAUUUUGUGGACAACAGCUUUUCUAUCACGGGAGUCAACCAUGUUCUUAGGGCGUACAAGCUGUGUGCAUAAGGUAGUUGCCGGCUGGUGUGCUAUGUGUUACAGGUACUUUAGUUAUGUUUGGUCUAUUGUGGCUAAACUGGGAAAUCAGUCUCAACCCGUACAAUGAGCAACAGUUAGCGGUGAAGAGACGCGACCAUCUGUCCCAGGUGGUCAUUCAUACACUGAACACUGUGCUCCAAUUUGCAUCGGAGAACGCCCACAUUGUUAGCGCCUGCUCAAUAAGGAAAUGGCGAGAAUUCCUGCAAACAAUGCACUCAGAUGAGGCAUCCAUCAACGGCAUAUCAAACUAGAUGUCAAAUAGAAAAUUGUCAAGGAAAAGUCAGACUGUUACAACCUAUCCCGAAGAGAUGGCGAAUUGCAACUAACACACGUUGACGCAGAGUUAAGUCAAUCAAAGGAUCCUUUGUCAGACUCAAUUUAGAAGUUAAUUGUUUCAGCGCUGGGGACACCAGUCUCAAAAGCUAACACAACAAAAUUUACAGUUUACCGAACAAGUUCAUCUUUCUAAUUGAAUCCCUUAAGAGUUCUGUUUUUACCUUUAUGUUCCGGAGGCCUAAUUAUAAGGCCUGCACUAAAUAAUUUCUGAAAUUAUUCGCUUGACAUUUGUAUAUAUAUAACCAGCAGGUUCCUCGAGUAAAUAAAUCGAUGAAGCUGUACCUUUUUGUGAAGGUGUGGUUAUUUUAUUGUUGAGGUGAGCAUAAUGCGUGCGCAUCGUUUAUACCUAAUCAUGAUUUAUGCAUUGCAUAACAUUAUACAUAUAAUAAAUAUAAUAUUAUAUCUAUGUCCUCCUUCCUCACUGCUAUUAUGACUUGGCCGACUUCGGCCUGGUAAUUGGUUGCCUGUUCGUGACCUUUUCCACCUGUACGGAGCUUGUUUGCUUCGUGAGGCCAAUAGGUCGGUGGGCACCCAUUCCUGAUGGAAUAUAUAUAUAUAUAUAUAAAUUGAAAAACAGGCAUCCCAAGAAAUAUAAUUAGAAAGAUGAAGUUCUUUGGGAAACAGCAAAAUUUUAUUGUGAAUUUUCGAGACUGGUUCCCCAGCUCGUCUUCAGACAAUGGGUGUGCAAAAACAAUUAACUUUUAGCCUGAGUCUAGCAAUAGGAGUCAAUGAUUGGUUAAGAUUGUCAUCUCGGGAUUGGCUGACUCAGUUUGAAUCUGUCCUUAACGAUUUUGUAUGUGGCAUCUAAAUCGAUAUGCCGGUUGAUGCAUGCCUCAUCUGAGUGCAUUGCUUCCAGGAAUUCGCGGCCUUUUCUUGAUUGGCAGGCGCCAACAAUGCGAGUGUUCUCCCAUGCGAAUUUAUGCCCAGUGUCUAGUGUGUGCAUGGCCACCUGGGAUAAAUGGUCGCGUCUCUUCACCGCUAACUGAUGCUCAUGUAAACGGGUUGAGACAGAUUUCCCAGUUUGGGCACAAUAAACAGCAUCACAACUAGAACACGGGAUUUUGUAGACGACAUCUUUUCUUUCAAGGUAGCCGACCCUGUCCUUAGGGUGCACAAGCUGUGUGCGUAAGGUAGUUGCCGGCUGGUGUGCUACUUGUAUCUGGUACUUUUUCAAUUGUCUUUCGACAAGUUCAGAUACAUUUUUGACCUAUGGGAGAGUUCGCCAUGUGGUUUGUUUUGCUGCCUGAGUGGCCGUAGCAUUGGAAAUACCUUUUCCCUUGGGUUGCUGGUACCUCAUACAUUGACGUAUAAAGUCAUGCGGGUACCCAUUUUGGGAGAACAGUUUGUAGAGGUAUUUCAUUUCUGCUCGAUAACUUGUUUCGUCAGAGCAGUGGGUUUUGGCUCGAUUCAGAAGGCUGUAGACUGUACUCCGUUUGUGAGAGACAGGGUGGUUACUCUCAAAGUGUAGGAUGACCUCUGAAUACGCCUCUUUGCGAUAAACUGAUGUCUGGAGUGAUCCAUCGGUUUUUCGACGUACAAGGACAUCCAGGAAUGGGAGUUGUCCAUCGACCUCUGUUUCCAAAGUAAAUGUAAUUCCUGGAAAUAUGGAGUUAACAUUGGUAUGGAGUAGAUUCAACUGAUCUUUCUUGACGAUGACAAAAGUGUCAUCUACGUAUCGCAGCCAAAGUUUUGAAUUGACUGUGGGAAGGGCUAUGCUCUCUAAUUUCUGCAGUAAUGCUUCUGCCAGGAAACCGGAUAUUGGUGAACCCAUGGGGGCACCUUUUAAUUGCCGGUAGCAUUGAUUUGAGAAGGAAAAAUUUGUCUCCAUACAGAGAUCAAGAAGUUGAAGUAAAGCAUAUCGAUUUAGAUGCCACAUACAAAAUCGUUAAGGACAGAUUCAAACUGAGUCAGCCAAUCCCGAGAUGACAAUCUUAACCAAUCAUUGACUCCUAUUGCUAGACUCAGGCUAAAAGUUAAUUGUUUUUGCACACCCAUUGUCUGAAGACGAGCUGGGGAACCAGUCUCGAAAAUUCACAAUAAAAUUUUGCUGUUUCCCAAAGAACUUCAUCUUUCUAAAUAUAUAUAUAUGUUUAUGAGGCCUCUGCACUUCCACCCAACCUGAACGUUAAGUCGCAUUGUACUCAAUUUUUCCAAUACUUCAGGUCAUAGCUGCCGAUGGGGAAAGAAACGCCUCCAAGGCGCUGCGCGAAGCCAGUCUCAUGCUCAACGAUAAGCCGGUUGCCCUCCAACUGCGGUACCUCCAGACGCUGUCCAGCAUAGCUGCAGAGCACAAUUCCACCAUCAUCUUCCCGCUCCCCAUCGACAUGACAACCAGCUUCCUUACGAGCACUCCGGCACCCGGCUCUUCGCUCAGCGUCUAG